AUGGAGUCCAUGCUAAACAAAUUGAAGAGCACGGUUACGAAAGUGACUGCAGAUGUCACUAGUGCAGUCAUGGGAAAUCCAGUUACCAGGGAAUUUGAUGUUGGACGACAUAUUGCUAGCGGUGGAAAUGGGCUUGCUUGGAAGAUUUUUAAUGGCACUAAAAAAUCAACAAAACAGGUGAGGUUUUGGGAGGGAAAUACAUAUUGCUUCUAAUGUCAUUACAAUGAUGUUUUAAGGAACAAUUGCCUAAGAAUACAUGGUUUAACAGCUGUAGAAAAAGAAAUCACAGUAUGUGUAACUUAUCAUUUUUAUGUAUCUACUGUAUAAGUUGUAUGGGGUGUUAAAGCAGGAGGAGUACCUCUGCUGGGGAUGUAUUAUGCGCCUUCUGAGGUAGUUUGUCCACCUUUGCUUGCCACUCAGCACUCAUCUCUCACCCAUAACUCCUAGAAGCUGUCAGCAUGCCAGAAAUGGCUUUGACUGGCCAGUUAAACCAAGUGAGGGUAGCCGCUGGGUUUCAAACCCAGGGAGUUAGGGACUUCCCCUGCAUGCAAAGACAGACUUCAUCUGACUUAUAGGACAUUCUUGGGAGAAGAAAGUGCUAAAGAGUAAACCCUACACAAAUCUGGAGUGGAGUCCCAGUUGGAUGUCGCCUUCUAUGCGACAUCAACUCUUCCAGCAACUCUUGCAGCCAAGCUGUUGCCAAACAUAUUGCUCUGCUUUCCUUUGGACCACAUCAGUGAGGCCAAGAGGGGGGUUCUGUCACCUUGGCAACCCAGGACCUCCAGACACACUGCCCAGGCUUGCACCCUGGGGAGGUCACUUCAGUACUGCUAACACAGUGGCUUCUUGAAUUCACUCCAGAGGCACACUCCAUUGUCUCUCAAGACAGACAGGUGCCAACAGUGCACCGUAUGCACUCAUAUGGUUUGCACAAUGUCCUUGAGGUUAAACAGAUCUUGAAAGAAUAGCAAAGAAUUAAAUGUUCUAGUCAUAGUUUCUCAGAUUGGUCACCUCCAAGUAGCUCUGGCUGUUUGCAAAUAGAUACAUCAAAUCCUUUGUAAUUUAUAUUGGGUUUUGUGUGUACCUUUGAUUUGUUUCAAACAAACUGCUCCGCUCGAUUUAGCAGUUAUAUAUUUAACUUCAGAACAAAGUACCUCAAUUGUUUUAAGGGACUGAAAGUUCUAGAUUUAUUCAAAUGUCUUUCAGCAACAUACCUUUGAAACUUCGUUUCCAGUUCUAGGCGCUUAUACCGAUAUAUGUAUCUGUACUCUGGUACAGUGUUAAAGUAGAUAAAUAACUAAUAUUGUGCACCUUUUCAACCAAGGAGCAAAAAAUUAUUAAUAUAAUGCCAAUUGUAGUGGUAAAAUGUCAAUAGGAAACUUACUAAGGUGAAACACUAUUGAAAUAAAAACAUAGCAGCUUGGUAAAAGGGUUACAGUAUGCUGAAUACACUUGUUUGGUAAAUGAGCCGUGCUAUAAAUGUGGAGUGCAAAGGAAAAAAUAGUAUAAACAACAUUAGCAAUCUGUGUUUAUUUAGCAGUGCAGUUCAAUGUGCAGUUCAAAGUCGCAUUGUGUUCAAUAGGACUUAUUCCCAAGGAAGUGUGUUUUAGAAUUGCAACAUUUCAUUUUCGUUACUACAACUCUUCUUGAGUAACUGCUGGUUGAACAGAGGAUAAAUGAGCACAUUAAACUGCCAGUAGCAAAUUGCCCUGCCUACCACUGAUGAUGAGAAGCAAACCUUAAAGUUAUUUAAAACAACAACAACAACAACAACACUGGUAGCUAUGCAAUUCUGGUCUGAAGAAAAAUAUUUUAGAGUAUUUUGAAAUCUUGUAACAGAGUUGGCUCUGACAUGUUUCUUCCAUGAGAAAUGCUCAAUGUGAAUAAGUCCCUUCUAUCUGCUGUAGUUUUACUAUAUGUAACAUCCUGAUGACACUUUGAGCAAGACCUCCUGGAUAAUUUUAGAAGUCUUGUGGUGUUCUAAUAUAGGGUUGCCAUAUAUUUUUUUAGGAAAACGUUAAAGUUGUUGAGUUUUUGUUUUGAUUUGUUUUUUUGAGAUGUGACCCAAGUUGUUGAGCUGUUGGUAAAAAAAUACUUAUUCAGUUGUGUUGCUGAAGAUCCAGGGCGAACCACUGCUUUGCAGCAGAAAUUCCCCCUGGAGGUACCGUAUUUUUCGCCCUAUAGGACGUACUUUUUCUUCUCCAAAAAUGAAGGGGAAAUGUAGGUGCGUCCUAUGGGGCGAAUACAGGCUUUCGCUGAAGCCUGGAGAGCGAGAGGCUCUCACUCUCCAGGCUUCAGGAAGCUCUGCGCAACCCUCCGGAGCCCGGCGCGAAGCCGUGCCGGCCUCCGGAGAGUCGCGCAGAGCUUCCUGCCCUCCUGGGGUCCACGCAGCUGUGCGCGACCCUCCGGAGCCCGGCGCCAAGCCGCGCCAGCCUCUGGAGGGUCGCACAGAGCUGCCUGCCCUCCUGGGCUCCGCGCAGAGCUGCCUGCCCUCCCGGGCUCCGCGCAGCUCUGCGCGACCCUCGGGAGCCCGGCGCCAAGCCGCGCCGGGCUCCGGAGGGUCGCGCAGAGCUGCCUGCCCUCCCGGGGUCCGCGCAGCUCUGCAUUACAAAGCCUCGGGCGCACUGAAGAGCGCGCCUGGGCUUUGCACAGCUGUCCGCAAGCCUGGGGAGACCGGCGAGGCUCCCUAGGCUUGCGGAUAGCAGGCUGUUCUGGGGGCUGGGGUCGGGGGAAGCUCGGGCUUCCCCCGCGCCAGCCCUGUGCCUGGGGGGGGGGUUUCUUUAUUCCCCCCCCCCAAAAAAACUAGGUGCGUCCUAUAGGGCAGUGCGUCCUAUGGGGCGAAAAAUACGGUAUACGUCAGACAUAUCCAACGUAUGGCAAGCCUAUCUAAUAGAGAUGCAGUCUGACAUUUAUCUGUUUGGACAUUAUUGGUAAUUAAUAUGUAGACAUUGUGGGAAUCUAACACAACACCUUCUGUUUUGCUUAAUUGUUACUGGAAGAGAAUAUAAUAUGCAGUUUGGACAAACUAUUGCUCAAUAGAAUAUUGAAUUUGUUAGUACAACUUAACAUUAAGGAGCAAACUUUCCAUGUUAAUAUGGUUGCUAUGUGGGGUAGGGCAGAAUUUGGCAUUGAUGGGCUGCAAAGGAAGGGUGCUUUUUCCUGCCAUUUUCCCUCUGCCAAAUCUCCAACGCUUCAAAAUUUCCUUGGGUGUACACACACACACACACACACACACACACACACACACACAAAAUACAGUGCUAUUUUUCUAGAAAAAGAAGUGCUGGAACUCACCACUAACACUUCCUUAGUUCUUAGAAUGGCAAUAGCACCCACCUGAGAAGUGCCAGAAUUGAGUUCCUGUGAGUUCCCCCUGUAUUUACACACACACAAACACACCUAACUUCUGAAGUGGCCCACUGUAAUAAUGUAAAGACAGGAUGGAAACACUAUUAUAGCAGUGGCCAAUUUAUUUUAAAAUUGAAAGACAACAAAAGCUAUUUAUUAUUAUUGAAAAGUAUGUUAUUAUUUUGUAGCAUUUUAGUUUCUCAUUUAGUUCACUAAUAAUAUUUUUUGAUUAAUUUUUAGGAAGUGGCGGUUUUUGUUUUUGAUAAAAAACUGAUAGACAAAUAUCAGAAAUUUGAGAAGGAUCAAAUCAUUGAUUCCUUAAAACGAGGAGUUCAGCAGCUAACACGGCUGCGACAUCCUCGGCUGCUGACUGUGCAACAUCCAUUGGAAGAAUCCAGGUAAGUUUAUUACUAAAACAAUUACAGGUUUGAGUUUUCAUACAUGCUCAAAAGUUUCCCAAAAUUAAAUAAUCUACACAAUCUAAUUUCUGGAAACUGUAUCCACUUCUCCCAAAAGAAAUUGUGUAAUUGUCCAAUGUGUAUCCGUAGCCAAGUAUUCACAUCCUCGUUAUUAUUUUAGUGAUUAAGAAAUACAGCUGAUGUGGUUUAUUCUGCUUUCCUUUCUGCUGUUUGGCAGAGCAAAACUCACCAAGUUCAUGUAGUCCUUAUUUGAAUGAAGACCUGUUCUUCGCUCUCUCAUCGUGAUUCCCUGAAGGCCUUGUGAAUAUUCCACUGCUCUGGUGCAGUAGAAAUUUAUAUUAUGUUGAAUGCUGAUUUCACUGUCAUUGAGUUUCAUUUUUCAGGCUGUUAAGAAGCCCAACACCUGGUGCUUUUUCUUGAACAUCCUGCACCAUCAUAAUGUCUAUUUCCUAACUGUUGCUGUGUCACAAAGUCAAACUCUACCUAUAUACCUACUUGUCUCUUAUUCUGAAGUAUAUUUGGGGUGUUUACUAAGGAUAUUUGUUUCCUUCUAGGGACUGUUUGGCAUUUUGUACAGAACCAGUUUGCGCAAGUUUGGCUAACAUACUUGGCAGCUGGGACAAUCUUCCCUCACCUUUACCAUCUGACAUCAAAGAAUACAAACUUUUUGAUGUAGAAAUGAAAUAUGGCUUGCUUCAGGUAUGCACAUUGGUGACUGGUCUGUAGUGCUGGUAGUCUUACACAUGGGUGGGUAUAAUGCACUCAAUAUCUAGCCAUCAACCUAUAUAAACCAGGCAAUAAAUUUAUACUAUAGCCACCUGCCUUUUCUCACAAAACGCAGAAACAUUUUUUCUUCCCUUGUCUGUUUAGAAGGCAGUGUUAAAAAGUCACAGCGACUAAUUAGCUGUAGCAGAAAACCUUUAUAUUUUAUUCCUCACACUUUAUAUGCUCUAGGAUAGGAAUGGGGGACCUCUAGGCUGCUGGAUUCACCUCUCCUACACUCCCCAUAUCAUGCCCACUUUCCCACAUUCCCAUCCUAUUUCAAUUAUUUAUUUAGAUGUGACUGAGCAGCACCUUUCUGCCAGUGGUGCUUUCUAGCCUUUUUCUAGUGGUCACUGUCUCUUGCAUAAUUUUUGGAUCCUCUGCAGUGCUUGAAUCUGUGCACAUAGUUAUGGAAACAUUCAAAAGUCCUCAACAGCUCUCAGCAGCUUCCCCAAGAAAUUCAGAGAUCCCAGAAAUGUGGUUUCCAGUAAAUCACUGAAAACAUUGUUGACACUGAUAGGAAUGUCCUCUGUCUAAAGUAAGAGAUCAAGUGUGUAGGAUGGGAAGAUUAGGAAGAAGGUAUGUACAGGGAGAAUGUGAUUUUCAUCCCCAUCCCAGCAUUGCAAUGAAGAUUCAAAUAACCCUCCAAGUGACCCUAAUCUAGGCUGAUCUGCCAAGAUUAGCUGGCGAGAGGGGUUGAGCAGAAGGUAAAGGGUGUGUGUAUUCUGUAGGGGGCAGUGAUUUUUGUAUGGGUAAGCUGGAUAUGGGACGGGGGGAGGGGGCUGGUUAAAAAGACCUGUAUGUUCCCCCAACCAAACACUGACAUGCAGUCCUCAACAGUGUUCCACUGAUGCCCUCUGGCACUUAGGAUGCAAAAAGGUUCUCCACCCCAUUCUAUAAAAACACAUGGCUGAUCCCUUUCUUAACCACAAGUGAGGAAAAUUAAAAUGCCAAAUGACGAUCUGCCAAAUCCUGGUGUACGCUGUGGUGUUAUCAAGACAAAGGUGGGAAUAUUUAGAUAGCAGCUAUGCAAGUUAUCCGGGUCUGCUGCAAAACCACUGCUGCCAUGGACACAGCUGUGCCUAAUGGCUGCUGCUGUGGCAAAGGAUUGAAGGUAAAAGUGUGUUGGUCAUUGAUCUGGACUUGAAUCUCCCUACUUUGUUACCCCUUUCUUUUUUACCCCAGCCGCAGCACUUCUAGGACCAGUUCACUUCUGUGGAUUAUUUGUUUCUCAAAGAGGAAAACAACAUAUACCAUCAUAUCUAAGCUUAUUCCAAAUGCUCUAAAACAAACACCCUGACAAGAAUAUCUUCCUCCUAACAGGUUUCUGAAGGCUUGUCAUUUCUACAUAGCAGUGUGAAAAUGGUCCAUGGCAACCUUACUCCUGAAAAUAUAAUUUUGAAUAAAAGUGGAGCAUGGAAAAUUACUGGAUUUGACUUCAGCAUCUCAUCUAUAAAUCCAUCUGAGCAAGAGGUAACAAGGUUUCAAUUUGUUUUUCAUUGUCAGUAAAGGAUAACCUGGAAACAUUGGGACUCUUAAUUAAGCUCUUAAUGUUUAGCUACAUAACAAUACACAAAUUUCAUAAUGUAACCCAUUUGCCUGCUGAGUUCAGGAUCAAACUUUAGGGAUACGACCACAGUCAAGAAUUAAGCGGCUUACUCUUCCUAAAUUAUACAGUCUUUCUUGGAGUAGCAUAUUGCCCAUUAAUAUAUGUGAAGUCAUGAGUUGUUAUAGUAGAAUAAUUCCCUCACGCAAAAAAAACCAACACCAUUGAGUGUUUCAAUACCAGUUAAGUGCUUUUAAUUUAUGUUGAAGGUAGGCUACCUAGCUGCUAAUGGAGAUAAUCUUGCUACCUAGCCAAGAGCUAAUGUGAAACAGACAAGUAUGUUCUGUUUAUAUUUUCUUAAUGUGAUAUGGUAAAGACCUCAUAUACUCUACUUAACUUUAAAAAUGGAUGCACUCAGAGUAAACAUAGGAUUUACUUACCUUAUAUAAUGGAUAACGUCUCUCAGGUAUCAUGAGUGAUUUAGAUCUCUUUAGGUCAUUAUUAAUGUAAAAGAAAAUCACUCCAGCUACGUUUCUUUAAACUUACACUUUAAAUUAUGUUUCUGUAACCUUUUUGCCGUUUUUUCCCCCAGCCAAAGUUCUCUUGUAAAGAAUGGGACCCAAACUUACCAUCUUUGUGUCUUCCAAAUCCUGAGUAUUUGGCCCCUGAAUACAUCCUCUCAGUGAGCUGUGAGACAGCCAGUGACAUGUACUCUCUAGGAGCAAUUAUGUAUGCUGUGUUUAAUAAUGGAAAACCUAUUUUUGAGGUCAACAAACAGGAUAUUUAUAAAAGUUUCAGCAGACAGCUGGAUCAGGUAUUUUAUGGGUCUGUUUGUUAAAUUCACAUUUGAAUACAUAAGUAUUAUGAAGAAAAAGUAUUAAAAUGUCUACAAGUAUUUUGAUUCUAUGUUAAUGAAAAGAACAUCUAACUUGUACUGAAGGAGGUGGCUUGUCUGUCAUCAUGGAAAGCAAUAAUGUGGGGUAAAUAAAACUCUUGCCUCAUGCUUUAGAGCCUGUUAUCACCAAGUUUCAGAGUACUGGGUUCACCUGUGUGUGAGAAGACCCCAUUAAAGUUUCUUUCAUCCUUGCUGAUAAGGAACAUCACCAAAGUAGAAAUACGUGUUUUACUCCCGUUUUCACAAGUUUGAUUGUGUUGCAUUGAGUUAAGGAAAAUCAGCUACAGGACCUGUUCUAGUGUCUCUGAAACGAGCUAAAUUGGAUGUAGAAUGGGUGCAGAAGUGCGAAUAUUUGCCACACUGGGGAAGCUCUUGGUUUGUCUUUCAUGAACUGAGCAGGGGUAUAUUACCCCAAAAAUGAACUUUACACAUAUUUCGUUUAUCUGGCAAUUAAGUGAACUACCGUCCGUGUAGUUCGGGGAUUUUUUUUUUUUUUUUUUAGUAGAUCAUUGAAUUCAUUUAACUGAACUAGAUCAUUCCAAGCGCUGUUCCAGUCAUACUGUAUGCAGGGUUUUGUUUUAAUGCUAAUGCAUGUGCUUUAUUUAUGCAGCUUAGUCGUUUGGGCGCCAAUAACCUUCAAGACAUUCCAGAAGAAGUCCGUGAGCAUGUAAAACUACUGUUAAACGUAGCUCCUGCAGUCAGACCAGAUGCUGACCAAAUGACUAAGGUAAAAAGAGUACUUAAAAUAGCUGUAGAAUAUAAGAAAAACCUUUUUUAAAGUGCUUUAAUAAGCAGCAUUUAACUGCUAAAUUUUGAAGGGUUUUUAAAAACAACAUUCUGGUUCAAAAUUUUCAAUUCAGGAGAUUAAACCUUCUACUUUAUUGCCCGAUAACAAGCACUCAGUGAGUAACUGGAACUGUUAUUUUGUAAAAUGUUAUCUUCUUUUAGAGGAGGAGGAUUUGCUGAAACUAGAAAAUAUGUAUUUUCUCUAUAUAUGAAAAAGAGAAAAAUUUCCAUUUAGUGUUAUUCCCAUCUUUGUUAUUUAGUUGAGAUUUUAUAUUUGUUCUCUUUCAUAUAUGCUUUUUCAUGUUUAACUUAAUUGUAUUAAGUCUGCAAUUGUAUACCUACUUACUGGGGAGUAAACCCCAGUGAAUUCAAUGGGGAUUUUUUCCAAGUAGACAUAUAAAAGAUUGUGCUGCAAAUGUUAUGGUGCUUUUGAAAAAGUUUAAUAUAUACCAUGCUUAUGACCUCAAAUAUCACUUUCUUUUAAAAAAAAAUCUGUAUUUGUAGAUACCAUUCUUUGAUGAUGUUGGGGCGAUGACACUACAGUACUUCGAUUCGUUAUUCCAAAGGGAUAAUCUUCAAAAGUCACAGUUUUUUAAAGGGCUGCCAAAAGUUCUACCAAAAUUGCCUAAGGUCAGCAAUCUCAGAUUAUUUUACUAGACGGGUGUACUGACACAGAACUCUGUGUCUUUUGUAGCUGAAGCAUGCAUUGCUGCUCUAUUAUAGUGUUCUUGGAGUAAGAAAUAAUAAUAAUAAUAGUAAUAUAUAAUAUUAUUUAUACCCCGCCCAUCUGGGCGGCUCCCAAUCAAGUGUUAAAAACAAUACAGCAAAGCAAAGGCCUUAACAGUUCCUCAUUUAAAUUGGCAUUUUAUAAAGUGUGCUAUAAGGCAAACUUAGAUAUACCAGUAUUGUUAAUAUUUUGCAAUACUUCUGUUUUACUUGCAAUACAUAGGAAUAGCAUGCUUUUUGCAGGUUUCUGAAGAAAUUUCAUUUCCUUACAAAAUAAUGUCUGUUUUCUUUCAGCGUGUUAUAGUGCAGAGGAUUUUGCCUGCCUUGACAUCCGAAUUUGUGAACCCUGACAUGGUACCUUUUGUUCUGCCUAAUGUUCUGCUCAUUGCAGAGGAAUGUUCCAAAGAAGAGUAUAUAAAGUUAAUUCUACCUGAUCUCAACCCUGUUUUUAAACAGCAGGAACCAAUUCAGGUACAUUUCUGUCUUAAACAUAAUUCUGGUCCCAUAUGAACCAUCUACCCAGUUGUUUAGGGCUAUGUUUUGAACACCAGUUUAUUAAAUCUUAGGGGGAGGCCCUUUUCUCGGUCCCACCACCCUCACAGACACACUUGGUAGGGAUGUGGGAGAGGGCCUUCUCAGUGGCUGCUCCCAGACUAACUCCCUCCCUAGAGAAGUUAGACUGGCUCCCUCCUUGUUCUUCUACUGGCAAGUGAAGAACUUCUUUUUCCAACAGGCUUUUGGGAACUGACUAUUUCAAGGGAAGAGCUUGAGUCAUACUGUUUUUGUUGUAAUUAUUUGUAUGUUUUUAAUAUUAAUUCUUUUUAUGUUCAAUUGAUUUAUAAUCAUUAUUAUUUCCAUGUUUUUAGUUGUUCUUAUUUUAUCUGUAAGUCACCUUGAAUUCCUGUCAGGGGAAAAGGCAGGGAAUGAUGAUGAUGUUGUUGAUGUUAAGCUUAACAGCCAGUAAUAUUUCAAAGCAGCCACAUAUUUCAGUAUGUGUAUUGGUUAGUUGUAUGGUUAGGUACUAGUUGGGCUUUUAGUGAACGGGUAUAUAUUGUCUGUCAAUCUAGAACAUUGCACUUUGUAUAUGUACUUCAUUCUCUUGGAAAGUUCAAAUGUAUGCUAUUGGAUUACUAUCUUUAAAAUAGAGAAUAAUGUCAGAAUGUUCUUAUUUUCCAUGCUUCCAGGCUAGCAACAUGGUGAGUGUGUGCAUUUGCUAUGUUUACAUGAAUAUUUGAUUAUAUAAGGUAAUAGCAAAUGUUACCCUGGAAGUGAUUAACAAAAAUUAAAGCUUUGACACAUGUCAAUACUGCAUUUCUUAAAAACAGAUUCUGUUGAUAUUUCUUCAAAAAAUGGACUUGCUGCUAACCAAAACACCUCCCGAAGAAAUAAAGAACAGUGUUCUUCCAAUGGUUUAUCGAGCAUUAGAAGCACCUUCGAUUCAGAUUCAGGUCUGGUAAUUUCAGUUUUUGUUCAGCUUCAUUCUGGCUGGAAAAUCCUUACUGAAAGGAACUCCCUCUUCUCACAUUUUUAUUUGUUUUUCUGUUUGUGCUUACUCCACUUGCAGUAACCCCUGAAAAUGGUUCCAGGGAGUUGAGAGAAGCUCUAGGAGAUAGAUGCGGGGGAACAGCAGGGGGAAGGGAGUAUAGGCAAAAAAUCACUUCUCUUUCAUCAGUGGUACCAACACUAAAUCAGAAGCCCUUUCUGAGAGAAUAGUUAGGAAAGUUAGAAAUGAUAAAAGGAUUUUCUCUAGUAAACAUUCUGGUCAUGAUUCAUGGAACACGUGGAAGUUUACACUCUCUCUGUGAUUGUAUAAAGUUCCUAAAACAUUUGCAGGCAGCAUUCAAGCUUAAUCAUCUUAUUUUGGACAUUUUGUUACUAGAGGAAUAUUUUAAUAACAUUGAUAAAGGAGGCUUUCCUACACCAGUAACGGGGAAGUUGUGGCCCUCCAGAUGUUGUAGGACUACAACUCCCUUUAUCCCCAACUAUUGGCUGUGCUUGCUGUGGCAAGAGGGCCAAACAUUAUUGUUCAUUAUUAUUAUUGGCUCUGAACUCUUAAGGAAAUGGAAUUCUAAAUUUUGUUUCAAAUAAAUAAAUGUUAUGGUUUAUUUAGUUUUAGAGACAGAGAGAAAGACAGAAAAACUGCAUAUUGUUCAUAUGUACUAAUUGUGAUACUUUUAUUUUCAGGAACUCUGCUUAAACAUAAUUCCUACGUUUGCGAACCUUAUAGACUAUCCAUCAAUGAAAAAUUCACUGAUACCAAGAAUUAAAAAUGCCUGUUUACAAACAUCAUCUCUUGCUGUAAGUAGAAAAUUCAGAAGUCUUUUAACCAUAUUGAAAUUUUUUUGCUGUUAAUUUUCUUUUUUUAAAAAAAUAAUAUCCUGAUCAAUUGCAAGUUAUGCUUCAUUAUAAAGGGAUUCAAAUGAAUCCUCCAUCCCACAUGAACAAAUGGAGAGGGAAGUUCCCAACAUCUCUGCAUUCAACUUCAGAUGUGGGGGCCUAUUUACACACAGCUCUAUGCACAUAGGCUGUCUAUUCCAUUGAGAACUCCAGUUUUGAAGGAUUUAUACAUAUAAUGAAAAACUGGACUUAUACUAUUGUGUGACCAUAGACCUGCCUUUCCUAAGUGGUACUGAAUAUGGUGAAUUCAUCAAAUCAAGAAUUAUAUAAUAGAGCAUUUUCAUUCUUCAGAUUAAGGUAGGGGAGACUAACCUGUAGGCCACAGAUUGUGCCCAGAAGUGUUUUAGGGGGUCUGUCAGAGCCCUCCUAAUUUGUCAUUAAACAAAAGAUUUCUCCUGGGAGGGUCCCUGCUAUGAUACUAUGAAUGCCCAAACUUUUUGUAACUCUCCCAAGCCCUUGAAAACAUGUUUAUUUUAAAAAGAACUUUUUUAAAAAACCUGGUUACUCCUGCAGGUUCCCUACUCUGAUGCCAAAAUAUGUUUUGGUACCCUCAAGACCCUCAAAAUGUGUCUUUUUUAAAAAAAAGCUGCUCUCAAUUUUUACAUUUCAGCUUCUAACAGCUGGAUUUGCAGGAAUUAUUAACAGCACCAUUCCAGUGAUUAAAAGAGUUCUUACUUUACCCAAAGACUUUUCUCUGCUGAAAUCACUGGUUACUAGAAUGUAUCUGGUUUUCCCUGGUUGUGCAGAAUGAGAACUAUACAGGCCAGUGCCAAAGUAAAAUAAUGUAGCAGAGAAUUUAAUAGGGUGUGGAAUGCAGAGUUAUCUUUAGAUCUUAGUCUGGGAGCCUUCCAUGAAGAGAUUUUUUUAUCAAACACCACUUUAGUCUGGGAGCCUUCCAUGAAGAGAUUUUUUUAUCAAACACCACUACUAUGAUGAUAGUAAUGAUCUAUUAACAUGUUUAGGUUUUAUUAGUUGGAUAAUAUUAUUGAAUUUUGUGUGAAAACAAACAAACAAAUAAUUGAAACAGAUAUCUAGUGAGAUACUUACAGUUCCAUAUGACUACGUAGUACUUUACAUUAUGUAAUAAUCAAUUGAAGCCUUAUUCCAGAUGCCCCAUCUUCAGAACUGAGGUGGGGUAGAUACUGGAGAGGUUUUAUUUCCUAGAGGCAUCCAGCAUUCCAUUCCAUCCCAUCCCCAUUCAUACACCAGCCUUCACCCAACUUGGUGCCCUUCAGAUGUUCUUGAAUUCCAACUUCCAUCACUCCUGGGCAGCAUUUCCCAAUGGUCAGGGAUUGUACUUUCCGGAUUUAUAUACGUCCUCUGUUUUUGUUGUUCAUGGUCAUAGUUAAGAUUUUAUUAAUUUCCAGUGUUAGUCUUACUUGGAGUAGUCCCAGUGAAAUCAUUAGGUUCAUGUGGUCUGCUCUGUGUAUGACUACUGUUGGAUGUCACCCAUAGUUUGGUUGUUUUAGAAUAGUCAAACAAGUAAGACCAUUGGGUUGUGCUUUUUCUCUUAUAUAUUGUCUGUUGGAUAGUGUUUUAUCUGUUGGCAACCAAAAUUGGGUUGAAAGGUGGGAUAUAUUAAAUAAAAUGUGUUGUGACUUAUACCACUGGUUAAGUAACAGUACACAAUUGAGUGGGAGAGCUUGGCACAUGGAUACUGUUACUGGCAGCAGUGUAUGUUUACUGUAACAUGUAGUUCCCAACCAGCAUGCUCCUGUGUGUGUAAAAAUAGAUAAAUCACAUUGCUUCCUAAAUCCUUUACUUUGGGAAAUUAGGUCUAUUCAGAAGUCAGUCACAUUGAGUACAAUGGGGCUUACCCUCAGGCAAAUAAGUUUAGGAUUGAAGCAUUAAUUGUAUAUAUGAAAUUAACUCAAAAUUCAAAUCCUGUGAACAUAUGGCUAUUGAAAAAUCUUAAAACUCCUGUAUUGAUAUUUUCAAGCAUUUUCUCUAUUUUUAUAAAAGUUUAGUUUAGAGGGUUUGUUUUUAUAUUCAUUAGGUACGUGUAAAUUCCUUAGUCUGUUUGGGAAAGAUUUUGGAAUACUUGGAUAAGUGGUUCGUUCUUGAUGAUAUUCUGCCUUUUUUGCAACAAAUUCCUUCCAAGGAACCCGCAGUCCUUAUGGGAAUUCUAGGUAACAUGAUAUUUUGUUUCUUGUGCUGUCUGUAGUAGUCUCUCUGUGGUAUUAAUCUUUGUGGUACUGUUAAAUGUACAAUACCACAAGGCAUUACACGUCUAUAACUUUUAAAAAUAAUAUCCCAUAUUUUUUGUUUUCUUUUAAUUUGGUCAAACGCUGUAAAGACUUGGUUUAACUUCUAAAGUUUACACUAAUGCCCACAGUUAUAGAAAUAAUUAACAUAGCAUCUUUUCGUUUCUCCAUUCCCUUGCCCUCGGAAAAAUGCAAACCGCCUUUUAAGAAAGGUGUAAAUUGUAGUUUGUGUGUGAUAAUUUUUUAAAAAAACAACAACAUUUAACCUAGCCUUUGGUUCAAAGGAAUAUAUAAUGAUGUUACUUUGUGAAGGCACGAUUAUUAGAUAAAUCAUUGUGUUUAAUGUUUCAUAAAAGGUAUCUACAAAUGUACGUUUAGUCAUAAGAAACUGGGAAUUACAAAAGAGCAACUUGCAGGAAAGGUUCUGCCCCAUCUGAUUCCUCUCAGCAUUGAGAACAAUCUUAAUCUAAAUCAGGUAGGAUAAUGUUUCUCCUGUGUUUAUUUGUAAGUAUCCUUGAUUUCAUUGGGACUUAGAAUCAUAGAACUGAAGAGUUGGAAGGGACCGCGAGGGUCAUUUAGUCCAACCUCCUGCAAUGCAGGAAUCUUUUGCCCAACAUGGGGCUUGAACCCACCACCCUGAGAGUCUCAUGUUUUACCAAAAACUGCAGCUAUAGAUAAGAUUGCAACACUUUUGUAAAAUGCUAUUCAUUUUGUACGCCACUAUAAAGCAGAAAACAUCCUACUGCUAUCCCUUGCAGUUCUACAUAAAUAUGGUGAACCGUUUCUUCUCACAUGUACUUGGAUGCUAAUUCUACUGCCCAGUUUCUUCCUUCUCUUUCAACAACUCUUAUCUUCAUUUGCUAAUAGAAAUGUAUUUCCCUCUCUGAUCCCAGUAUUCAGAACUUCUCCCCUCUCUAGCUAGUGGGUGUUCUAAUGUUCAAGGGAUCCAUAUUUAGUUUCCUGUCUCAUAUUCUGUCUUAAAGUCAGCUAUUAAGAUAUAUGGAUCAAAUGCAUGGACGAGGACAAAUAUUUAUAACUUCAUUUUAUAGGCUGCUUUUAAAACAUCUUUGACUUCCCUGCCUUGUUUGUUCCAUGUUUUUUACUGGGUUUGUAUUCCGUUGUUAGCUACUUUGAUCUAUUUUCUUAGAAAAAUAAAAGCAUAUGCCUUUUAAAAUAUUAAAAAAAUUCUGUCUUUUUACCUCAACUUAAAUCUGAGGGACACAAUAGUUGCUGUGCAACAUUUAGCUUUUAAAAAUUUAAUAAAUGGAAACAGAUCUAGGAACUAGUUUGAAUAUUGUUUUCAUACAGCAUACAGUGGUACCUCUGGAUGCGAACGCUACCUGCGUAUGCGCAUGCGAUUUGCCGCUUUGUCGCGAUUUGCUGCUUCUGUGCAUGCGCAUGAUGUCAUUUUGAGCAUCUGCACAUGCGCAAGCGGCGAAACCUGGAAGUAACAUGUUCCGUUACUUCCAGGUUGCCGCAGAGCGUAACCUGAAAAUGCUCAGCCUGAAGCGACUUCAACCCGAGGUAUGACUGUAUUCUGCUCAUGGCGGCACAGCCUUUAAAAUAAUAAUUAAAAAUACAUGUAUUUCUUUUCUAGUUUAAUUCCUUCAUUUCAGUCAUAAAAGAGAUGUUAUGUAAAUUGGAAGCUGAGCAUAAGACCAAACUUGAACAGAUCCAUAUUAUGCAAGAACAGCAAAAGUAAGUGUGCAUAUUGUUUGUAUGUACAGUGAAUUAGAGGAUAGUUUACAGUCUUCUUUUAUAGUUUCCAAACUAAUUGGAAAAUUUUCACUGUUCAUUCAAGAUUCAAGUGUCUUUGUUAUACCACUCAAGCUUCCUUUUUAUAUUUUUAGUUCAAAUCUGUAUAGUGUGGUUUUCCUUAUAAUAAAUGGGUUUUUAACUUGGUAUCUGCAUUUCUUGCAUAUCCAUCCAGUUCCCAGUAUUGCCAAAGACUGGGAAUUAACAAAUUGGACCAACCUUUCCUUAAAUGCCAUUUUUGAAGAACCCUUCUUUGGUUGGUUGGUUGGUUGGUUGGUUGGUUGGUUAUUUGUAGUCAUCUUUCUUCUAGAAGUUCAGAGCACGAUUUUAGCUUCACAACAACUCUGUCAGGUAGGUUAGUCACCAAUGAUUUUCAACAGCAGAACUUGGAACACCAGUUUUCCAUGUUCAAGGAAGCAAUCCGCUAUGUCUCCCACUAAUUUAAAUAUUAAUUUUUAUGUUGCAGAUCAACCAUGCUAACCAAAUGACCCUUCUAUGUUGUUUAGAAAUGAAAUUGCAGUAUCUAAGACCAGAUAGCAAUCUCUUCCUUAGCACAAUUGUUUCAGUCCUAGCUCUGCUGAUACUAUAUAUAUAUAUAUUGAGUAUACUUUUUAUUGGUUUUGUUAUUUUGUCACAUGAAUAAACUAUUAUUAAAGGGAAACAAAACUGGGAGACAGGUCAUUGCUCUUCAGCAGGGAUGGAAACCCUCCGGCUAAAUGCAGCUCCCAGACCACUCCACAUUGGAACAUUGUCGAAAUGGGAAUGCGGCUUUCAGGCUGAAAAACACUCCCCACCUACAACAUAGAUUUUCUUACUAAGGAUGACAUGAAACUGUAAGACUUCCAUGAGUGAAACGGAGAAGGCAGCAAUUUUCAGCUCUCAUCCUGCCCCUGCAACUCCCCAAGUCUGUUCCAGAGAAAUGGGAAACACUCUGCAGCAGAUUAGGAGGAGCAUGGGAAGCUGCAAUGAGAAUUGCUUUCUGUCCCAUUCACGGAAUGAAUGACACGUUUGGAUACAACUAAAUAUAUUUUUCAGAAGUAUGCAAUGACAUUUUUGGUAUUAUUAAGUAAAAUACCUUGAGCAAGGUCCUGUCUAUUUAACAGGUGAAGCCUAAGAGGUGAAGAUCUUUUUUUAAGGAGAUUUUAUAAACUAUCAAAUAGUAGCUAAUGUUGCUUAUAUUUUAAUUAUCUGAUAUGCUUUACUUCAUGAAGUACAUAUACAAAUUAAUAUUGGAAAUCAUUUUGGAUUUAUGCAAAGUAAAGUAGCUUGUGAAUUCUUCACCCAUAGGUGAAUCAAAGCACAUAUUCUCUUAAACUGAAUGAGAAGUUCAUUACAGCAAAUUGUCUACCAUUUGUCUUGUUAAAGAUGGAACAUAUAAUUUGCAUUUUUAUGGGGUUGGUUUUAUGCUGAAACUAUUUGCUAGCACCUUGUUACAAUUGUACUUUUGCAUUGUAGAUCUUUCGAUAUAACUAAUCCAAUGAGCCCACCUGAAGAAACAAAAGCCAAUAAUACAGGCAAUCAGGCAAGAAGCUGUCUUUAUUGGAUCAUUCCAGUAUUUGCUUAAUCAAAUUCUUUUUAAAGAUAAAUGCUUCUUCAUCCAUCUUUUUUAAUUUGAACAGAUUGACAAGGUGUUUAGCAGCCUAGGAACAGAUAUCUUAACUAGUGGACCUGAUUGUAAAGAGAAUGGAAUGUUGGCAAAUAAGAGAAAGGUAAGCUUUUAUAAAUUAUUGUGCAAGGUAUAAAUAAGAAGGAAUUUUUCAUCAGUAUGCUUAUCAGGGGUUCUAUAUCCUGAGCUAUGUAUCUUGGUCUACCAAGGCUCCCCAAUAAGCCCAAUUUAAAUGGAUCCUGGUUGACCCAUGUGCACUCCUUCCUUCUUGAUGUUGCUAGUUCAGGGUUUCAUGAGUUCAGAAUCUAGAUUUGUGAGGUCAGGAAUAGGAAGUACUCAAUUGUUCAACUUUAUGUAGAGGGGGCUCUGGAGCGAGAUUGUGUCCCCUGUGUUUUUCUGAUAGAAAUAAUCAGCAUUUCUUCAUGAAAUGAUGCUGAGCCUUGUAUGAAAUAGUGGUCCUGAUUGUUGCCAAACUUUUUUUUUUACAGCAAGAGAGUGGAAGCACUUAUCAGAAUGACUGAUCAAAUUAUUUGUUGAAUUUCUUGCAUCUUUAAAUCAGAUUGAAAUAUUGGCUAGAAUUACUUUUAAUCUAGAAUGGGUUAAAUAGAAGCCAUGGACAUCCAGUGAAGCUGAUUCAGGACAGAUAAAGUACUUCUUCACCCAGCACAGUUAAACCAUGAAACUCCCUUCCUCAGGAUGCAGUGAUGGCCACCAACUUGGAUGGCUUUAAAAGAGGAUAAGAGAAAUACAAGGAGGAGAGGGCUAUUAAUGGCUGCUAGCAAUGAUUAUUGUGUUCUGCUUCCACAGUUGGAGGCAGCAAUCCUGAAUCCCAGUUGCUGGAAACCACAGGAAGGGAAUGCUCUUGUGCUCAUGUUCCGCUUACUGGUUUCCCACGGGCAUCUGGUUGGCUGCUGUGAGAACAGGAUGCUGGACUAGAUAGGCCAUUGGCCUGAUCGAGCAGAUUCUUCUUAUGUUCUUAAAAUCAGCUCUGGAAGCUUGGAUGGGGGAAGCAGUGGGGAGAAGAGAAACCAGAAGUCCCACUGAACAAACAGAUUUUCGUUGUGCCUGUGGGUGGGUGUUAUUGGAACCAAAAGAGAACUUUGUAGAAAAGGGUUAAGAAAAUACUGGCCAAGCAAGUUACCAGAAGGUUUCGUUUUCAUUCUUUAUUUAUGACACUCAGCCAUCAGCUAGUUUCUCAGCCACCUCUAAUAUCAGAGCUUGCACCUUAGGAAGAUGACCAUAACCCAGUGAGUAGUGAACAUGCUUUGCAUGUCGCAGAUUCAAUCCCUGAUACGUUCAGCUAAAAGUAUCAGGUACAAGGGGACGGAAAGAACCUCAGCCUGAGACCCAGGAGAGCUGCUGUCAGUGUGUAGACAGUACUAGGCUAAAAUGGACAGUUUUCUUGUUCAUCUUGAUCCAGCACCAUCCUCAGUUGCAGGCUGAAUGAAACAGUACUUUAAUCGCUCUGUAAAUCUGCAGUGGGAAAAUGAAAAGGCCUGGACUGAGAAGAUGUGCAUUGGGAAGGGAGAAGCCAGAGAUAUGUUCUUCUCCAGCACAAGCCAGAAUAGAGGAAGGUGCGAGGAAAAAGAAAGGAAAAACAGUGCAGGUGGAGGGGACUAUAUCUGGAUGCAACCACAGACUCUGCUAUACAGCUGCAAAUAAAACAUUUUAAGUAUGUUUUAAGUGCAAUAUACAAUGUGACACUAGAUGAUGAUGGUGAGCCUUAUGGAAAAAUCAGUAUUUUUAAAAAACCACUUUAAAUAAGCAUUUUAAGAACGGUUUUUAUAUGUGUGUAGAUUCCACCUAAGUCAGUUUAUUAUUACUAUUAUUAUUAAAAAUGAUACUAAACUCACCUGUUAGGAGGAAAUAUAAUGUGUGUCUACUGAGGAAUUUAUUUUUUUGUUCUUGAGAAAUGCUUUUGCAAACAUAAAUAAGCAAGGCUCUUCUCUUUCUGAAUAAUUUUUAAUACUGAAUAGAUGUUGGGCCUAUUCCAAGUCUCUGAAGUUCAUGCCACUCACUAACAAUGUAUUCUUUUGAAGGGAUCGCUUACACUUGAAGAGAAGCAAAAGUUAGCAAAAGAGCAAGAACAAGCACAAAAAAUGAAAAACCAACAGCCACUUAAACCUCAGCCUCACACAGUUACUGCCCCAGUCAAACAGGUAUGGAUUCAGUCUUCAUUGUAAUCUUUGGUCCUAUUGCAGCUAACUAAUAAAAAUAAGUUUUGUCCUGUAAAAUUUGCAGUAGUUGCAAAUCUCAAUUUGCAAUUGCGUAUAAGCAUCCAAAGUCAUUGUUUCAAUAAAGUGAUUGGGCUGCAAAUGUGUGAAUGCAAAAACGUAACCACAUACAUUUACUUGUAAACCAGGAGUUGUUAAUCUUUUCCAACUUGAGGGCUACACUGGCACCUUCCAACCUGUUGUAUGGGUGUACAUGCCAAUGGUGGGCAUGGCAAAAAAGGGACUUGUCCACCCCACAAUAAGCAUGCACAUGUACACACAUCCCAUACACAACAGAGUGUGCACGUAUGUCUCACAAACAUGCCAGGGAACAUACACAUGGAUUGCAGCUUACUCUCUCCAAAUGAAUAAUCUGGUAAGUGGAAGGAGGGAGCAGUAUGUACUCAGUCUCCCUUUUGCUGUUAACUGCUGGUGUCACUCACACUCUGUCAGCUGGCACUGACCACACUGGCCGCAAUGAUGCUGAGCAAAGAGAUACAAUCUAGGAAAUUAUGUAAAGCAGAAGCACCCGUGAAUUAAGGAAGCAUGAGACAACUUAACUGGAUACAAUGCUGCUAUCACCUGUACUGAUUGAGGGCGGGUGUUAGGACAUUUUGGAAUCCUCCCCAAGCCCACGGAACUACUGAGCAUCACAGCAGCAAACCGAAUGGUUAAUUUAAAAAAAGAAAGAAAGAUAAAUUUUGGAAAGCUGUGAAAAGGUUAUUGGUGGGUCAUAGGUUAGCAUCCCCUGUUGUAAACUCAUCUUUGAGUUGCUCGUACAAUAUGGCAUUCCAGCCUCCUAAAAUGAUCUUACUGCAUUGCCAUCUAUUUUUCAUCCUUAGAGCUGCUGCUUAUGUUGAGUGCUAUUGCAAAGUAUUUUAACCAUAGGUGCUUUUUUUUCCUUCAGACCAAGGACUUGACUGACACUUUGAGAGAAAGCAUGGCAUCAUUGACCAGCCAGUCCAUCAACAAACCUAAAGUUCCCUCUUCAAAUAGCUUUUCUUCAGUGGGUAUUGGAAUGGGGUUUUCAUCCCCUGUUGAGAACGCUAAGAGAAAUGGACUAAAUGCUAAUAUGGGAUUUCAGCCGUCUGGAUUUGGGAUGGGAAUUGGUACUACAAGCCAGAAUUACUUCAGUACUGCUGGUGUCACAGGAAUGGCCAACAUGAAUAUGAUGCCAGCAGCAAACAUGGCACCUUAUAGUCCUAUGAACACUACAGCUGCAAUUUCACAACCAGCACAACAAAGCAGACCACCAGAUAUGUCAGCUUUAGAUAGCCUAUUUAGGGCUCAAAAACCUAAAGUUAGUAUGAAUCAGUUAUCGCAACAAAAAACAAACCCAUGGCUUAAUCAGUUUGCACCUCCUCAGGGUUCCAACAGUACUGCCUUAGGAACGCAGAUGAAUGCGAUGGGACAAUCUGGCUUUGGCUUGCAGGGAAAUCCUUUCUUUAGUCCUCAAAACUUCACACAACCAACAAACAACAUGACAAGCAGCAGCUCAGCUAGUAAUGACUUAAAAGACCUCUUUGGGUAAUAGCUCUGAUUGUGAACGAGCUAAUGUAUGGUAAAAAGCUGAUUUGAAGAAACAUCAUCUAGCAAAAUGGACAAGAGAAAAGCUAUUUCCAGGAUGCGACUUAGUAAUACACUUUCAUUUGCCUAUGCAUUUAAUUUUCUUAGGCACAAAGUGAUCUCUCUUGCCCCUAAUUUCAAAGUUUUGAGGUCAGGUUGUGUCAAUCCAGGUGCCCAGAGUUAGAAAAAAAUUAAAACCGCAUACCUCACAACUUCAGAAAUGUGUCUUCUGACCACCAUGUUAUUUUACAAAUAAACAUCUUAACCAGUAAAAAUUAGCAGUAGGUUGUAAUUGCAGAUAAGCUGUUGGAAGACUUCAAACCCUGGGCUCUUGUUGAUCUUGUAUUGUCUGAAUUUGAUAUGAUACUGAGUUCUAAAUCUUGGUAUAAUAUAAUACCUUAUAGUAGGGUGCAUACAUUAGUCUGGAACUUGCUAUAAAUAUACAAGAUUGAACAUGAAGACACUAGAUUGCUACUUACAAUCUUCCCAGCAGAAAAUAAGGUAUGUAGGAGUGAUAUUUUCCCAGUUGAGAUGUGUUCCUUAUCACUGAAAAAUGCUGCUUAGGUAACCAUGCUACAUAACCUGCCUCCAGUUGAUUAUGCCAAAAUUUCAGUCCCUACCAUAGAAGCCGCUAUGCUGGCAUGGUGAUAUUAAAGUCAGGUCUUUAAAAAAGUAAGUACAUAAUCAUGCUUAUGUCUACACCGAAAAUCUAGGCACUAAAGGAAUACAAGUGCAAAUUAAUCUGUUUUGGAUCAUCCUAGAAGCAAAGUUGGAUGACCUCAGAAUUUAGAAGUCACUUUGAUCACAUUGAAAUUUGGCUUGCUAGUAGGAAAAGAGCUUCAUUUCGUACUCCAGGUUUCUGGUUACUUCUAAGACAAAAGUAAGAGGUUGCCAUCCCUCCGAUACAUACUUCUUUUGAAUUUAAAUUUGAUCACAUUUAGGAGAUCUCAGUGAAUUGUUUUAGUUCAGUUGAAUAAAUUACAAAGUUGGAUGAUGCAGCAGUUGACUAAGGCAGGUUGUUUAAUGUAUGCCAAAUCACUGUAUACAUAAUGUUCAGUCUCACUUGAAAGGCUAAUAUAAAAUUUUCCUGCAGUCAGAUUUGGAGUGAACAACCAUUUUGCAUCUCCCUUAAAGGAUUCUUUCAAAUAUAAGUUUUCCCCAAAAUGGAAGCAACAGUUUAUGUGGUUAAUUAGUUGGGGGAUGAACCAGUCUCUACCCUGUCUGCUAUAUCUACUGUAUAUUUAACUCUCUCUUUCCUGGGAAUUUUGAGAUCUAUCUUCCAUAAUACUUUGGACUAUAGCUGGCUAGUUUGAGAAGGAAAGAAUUAGUUACCGUUUUUAUAGAAAGCCUACAUACUUUAUUUUUCAAAGCCUUUCACUGAUUGAAUCAUUUUCAUUUGCUGCUUAAGAAACCAAAGGGCCUUAUGCUGUAAAUGUGAGCUGUAUUUUGUUAAAUUAUAUUUCCAAUUUUAAGCUGUAAUACUGUUAAAUGUAUCUUAAGAACUUUGUAUUAUAGCUGCUGCCUUAGUACUUUUGUUUUGUAUCUCUGGGACCAGUGAUAAAAUUGUGUUGUUGUUUUUAAAAAAGAAAAACACACACAACACUUGUGUUAUUUAUGUUAUAUUAAUACUCUCACUGAAUAUGCUCAAUUAGCUACAUAACUCUGUGUGUAAAUUUAUGAAUAUUAAAUAUGUUAGGUUCCUUGUAUGGUCUCCAGGUUUCUUAAGACUCAAACUUUACAUUUUUGUGUAAAGCUUUUCUUUAAAAAAGCAGAACAGUACAGAAUAUGAAGCUUCCCUAUAAUAUGUGGAAAACAGGUUUCUUUAACAACACAAGGCUGGGGAUGGUUUCUUUCAGGGGUGGCUAAAUUUGGACUCUCUUGAUGUUACUGGACUCCAACUCCCCAUCAUGACCCAUGCUGAAACAUUAUAAGUUUUGUAUUCCAGCCACAGCUCCCUGCCCCAGUUUGUUGUAAAAAAAAAUGUAUACCCACAUGUGGGAUUGGCCUUGCUUGUUAACCUUUUUAUUUUUCAGCCUUUCAGAUUUCAUUAUUCCAUUGAGACUGCUUGAGAGAGAGCAGGGGGAGGGAAAUCAUUUUGUACUAAUACUGUGGAGACUUUACCUUACAAAUCUUUGAGCCUAAGGAUCAAUGGCAAUUUUGUUGGCCACUUUUUUUUUUAAUAGUGACAAUUAUAUUUGAGCUAAGGCUGCAAGCAGAAAAAAACAUGUAAUGAGGAAACACCUUGAUACAUGACUAAAGUCUCUUACAAAAUCAACAUGUUAUGUUUUUGCUUAUAGAAGCAUAGUGAUUACCUUUCAUAAGACAACAGAGGAGAAAGACACUUGUUAAAUAUAACAUGUGAAUAGUUCUUUCUGUGAUUAUCAAAUAAAUCUCUAGUAAAGUUCUUUUUCAAGAUAAUUUAUGUAUUCUUGGAGUCAGGAAGGGAUUUUUUUCACUGAUUUGCUAGCAGAGAUGUUUGUUCAACUUCUCCAAAUUCCACGAAGCUGCCAUUUCCACAGGAAGAUGUUGUGAAUUUGGAGAUAGACUAUUCCUUGUAGAGUUCACAUUUAUGAAAAUCUCCCUGAUCUGUUUUUAUGCUUUUAUAGCUGGUGACUUUUUCCUUUACUGUGAGUUAAACAAAGGAGCUGCUAUGUGCUCAAUAGGAUGUUUGGAUAAUGCUAGUGACACCAGCACUCUCACCUUUUCAUAAUGACGGGAAAUCUACACAUGAUAUGUCAACACCUUUAGAUCACUUGACAGGUGUCACUAGCAAGAGUGUGAUGGUUGAAAAAACAUAUAGGGUGAAGGAGUAUGAAAGACACAAUGAUUGUAAAUGCUUGAUGACAAAUGCUAUUCUUAUUUAUUGUACUUUUAUGAAUUGUAAUACCUUGAAGUAUGAUCUUAAUUAGUAAAGCAAGCUGUAAAUCCUAGUUUCAGCUUCUCAGAUUCCUUGAAAUACAAAAAUUAUUAUGUAAUUUGGAAAGCAGAUGCUUUCUGCUUAUUUAUGCCCCGUUUGUAAUUAAUAGGGAUCAAGCUCAUGUUUACUCAACAUGAGCUGAAAUGUAAUUUGUUUGAAUGGGCCAUCAAGUUGGGCAGUUAAGAGGAACGCCUUUGCUAUAGUGUUAUUUAUACAAAUAGAAAGGAAGGGAUGUAACUAGAAGUAACCUCCCUCUCUCAAAUGGGAGUAGUUCCUAACAAAAGGAAGUUAGGAGUUCAUUUAAUGAAAAAACACUUAUUCAGUUACUUUCAUGAUACUCCCUUAUUAAAAUUACUAACACUGGGGUUUCAUUUGCACAAGAGACUUCCAUGUGCACAAUGGAACUUCCUCUCCUGUCCCCUCCAGCUUUCUGCACAGUCUCAAAAUUGGCUGCAGAGAGUUGGGGACACUCCAGAGCAGAUGGUGUGUGUGUGUGUCAUUGUGUCAGCAGAUCCCCAAUUAGAUAUAACCCAAUAUACACCCAUAUAAACGGAAGGAAUGAAAGUUACAGCUUGACAUCAGUUUAGCUGGGUCUGUAAAGCAAUAUUAUGGUAGAAGUCUUAAUUCUUGGAAAACACGAAUCACUGAAAAUCACAGGCAGGCUAAUAUUUCAGUAGCCUUGCUUUCCCCUCAACUAUAUCAAGGCUUUUGGCUCUCAUAACAGUAAAACAAAACAAGUAAGCAAUAUUGUCGUUUGUACAUUAGAAAAUGUUGAGGAUUAUUUCAGUGUAAACUUGUGACAAUUGAUUUGCAGUUUUCCACAUGUAUGUUUCACAUACAAAUAAUACUUUUCUAUCUUUGUAUGCUAUAGUUUCAUCGAUCUAGCCUAAUUGGUAUGAGGUGGAUAUCUCACUCUAAAUAAACAACUGCUUUCUCGCUCAUGGUUACAUGAUGUUCGCUCAUGGUUACAUGCUCAUGGUUACAUGAUGUUUCAAAAUUGGCUUGUGGAUAUCUUCUGAAUUUUGCCGGGUUUGUGCAGUUCCAGAUAUAUUUUUUAAAAGAACAAUUUACCUGGGUCUGCCUUUUUGGCAUUGUAAUAUAUACUGACUGUUACAAUAUAUGAUUGCAAUUUUAAUUAACCUGAACUUGGAUGCACCAGAUUUGUUGUGACAAUCUGCAUUCAAAUAGAAAUUGACGGGAAAGCUAGGAUUACUCCAAGCAGGUUCUGAUUUUGAAUUUUGGCUUCCAGUCUAAAUCUUCAAUGGCUCCCUUUGUACAGAAAUUUGUAAAAAGAGGUUCUCUUUGAAAUACUAAAAUUUCAGGCAAUUUUAAGUGUUGUAUAUAUCUCUCAAGUUGGAAGUUGUAUAUUCAAAUGGCUUUAUAUGUAUUGAACUCAGGCCUGAUUCAAAAUAUUUAAUGUCUGUCUAAUUGUACAGUCCUUCCUUAGUUGUGACAAAUUUUAUGUUUAGACUGUAAGGCAUUCAAUUUUGUGUGUGUGAAGUAAUGAUAUUACUCUAGUGUUGCUGUGGUUUGUGAUCAGCAGAAUGGUUGGAGCAUGAUACUCUAUUUUGGUUUUAUUGGACUUUGCUGCUUUUCAAAAUAAAUCUAUUCUUUAUAUCAACUUUUAAAACUGGUAAUACUUAAAAUAUGUAAAAUGUACAGUGAUGGUUACAAGAAAUUCCUACAACUUUGUACUGUGAAUGAAUAACUGUGUAGUUUUCAAAUCUUGAAUGAUGUUGCUUUAUUGAAAUAAUAAACUUUUCAUAUUUUCACCUUUUAAGGUGAGAGUGUAAUGCCUUCCAAAUGGUUAAAAUUCAAUGUUUCCCACAGCAAUCUAAAGCAUUAAAAAAUGUACCUAAUAUUUCAUCCUUGUGGUGGUGUUUUCGCUGCAUAUACAUUGUUACUGCAGCAUUUCUGAGUACCAUAAAUUUCUGCACUCUUGAAAUGAUACGGUAAUAUUUGUAUUAAGCUGAAACUACAGCAAAGAAUACGGUACAUCAUAGGUCCAAUGAAUUUAGGAAACAAAUGAACCAAAAAACACACAUCCAAUAUACAUGGAAACUAAAUGGAAUAAAAUGACCAUAAGAUGUCACUAUAGCAUAACAAGUGUGAGGUUCUAAAAUGGAACAUAAUAAUACCAAAAGUUCUUAAGUCAAAUGUAGUUUCAUGUCACUUUAACAGUCAAAGUUCAUUUAUGUGUAGCAUAGGCCACUGAAGAACUUUUGCCCCCCCCCCAAUUAAAAAUGAAUCUUAAGUUAAAUGGAUGAGUAAGCAUAGUUGGGGUCACAACAUCACAUUCACUUUCAUAGGGCUUGGUAUAUAUGUUCAGUUUUGUAUUAUUUAAACUUGCUUCUAAGUAAAUAUAUGUGAGCUGGACAAAAGCAACUUGAAGGAAAGUUUUCAGUGACUUGUGAUCCUCAUAGACCUAUGUAUUCAUGUGUAUAAGGUAAACGUAAAGGGACCCCUGACCAUUAGGUCCAGUUGUGACCGACUCUGGGGUUGCGGCGCUCAUCUCACUUUAUUGGCUGAGGGAGCCAGCGUACAGCUUCCAGGUCAUGUGGCCAGCAUGACUAAGCCGCUUCUGGCAAACCAGAGCAGCAAAUGGAAACGCUGUUUACCUUCUCGCCGGAGCAGUACCUAUUUAUCUACUUGCACUUCGACGUGCUUUCGAACUGCUAGGUUGGCAGGAGCAGGGACCGAGCAACGGGAGCUCACCCUGCCGCGGGGAUUCGAACCGCCGACCUUCUGAUCGGCAAGUCCUAGGCUCUGUGGUUUAACCCACAGUGCCACCCGUGUUCCCUUUGUCAUGUGUAUGAUUAAUUUUAUUAAGAAUUUUUGCAAGUGAUAACUAUAAAACCUUCAAAUGUUUAGUCCCGUGAGCCUAAUUUUUUUUAUGGAAGUAGGCAUACAAAAUUACAAAAAUUUUGUAUGGAAGUAGGCAAAUUGAGAGCAAUGUGGCUUGGUGUGGGUCUGUUUUGUUUUUAAUUCCAUAUAGGAGUUUGAUGUACUUAACAGACUGCAUAGUUUUCAACCUCCAGGAUAACUUACAGUAUUUCUGAAACUAAUAGUAUCAGUCGUUGUCACAGAAUUAUAGAGUUGAAAAGGACCAUGAGGGGCAGCUAGUCCAACCCCCUACAAUGCAGGAAUCUUUUGCCUGACAAGGAACUUGAGCCCAGGACCCUCAGAUUAAGUCUCAUGCUCAUAAGCUCUAAAGAUGGAGCUGUUUAUACGCUGGUAGCUGAGCAAAAGUGCUGGGCGAUAGCAAAAGCAUUGAAUUAUACAAAAUAUAGUUUCAUGUACCUCAUACAAUACAAAUAUCUGAAAGAACAAUUAUUGGUGCAGUAUUUGGUAUAACAGAGCUGAAUGGUUUUGAAUUAGAGUAAGUCAAGAAGAUUGUAUUAUUGAUCUAUCGUGCCUCUAAUGAGAAGUGAAGCAGGCUGUAAAGACUUAAUGAGUUCCAACAGUGUGCUAGUGGAUGUGACAAGGCUAAGGAGUAAACCCUACACAAAUCCAGAGAUGGAUGGGGCCGGUACACUUCCUUCCAGCAGCUCCUGAAUCCAAGCUAGUACAAAACGUAUUGCUCUGCUUUCCUUUGGAAUACAUCAGCGAUGCCGAGAGGGGGGUCUUGUGGUCUGGCCAGCCCUCCAUACACACUGCUCAGGCUUGUGGACCAUGAAAGGUCACUUCAGUUCUGCUAAUGCAGUGUUUGACUUCACCCCUGGAGGCACAUGCCAUUGUCUCUCGAGACAGAUGGAUGCUAACAAUAUAGACACCAUAAAUGUUGUUACUGAACCUGUCCUAUCUUAAAGGCUGUGGUAGAUAAUCCUACCCAUCUCUUGGUGUCAUGGUGAAUGAAGCCAACAACUAGGAAUGGCUAUAUAAUGUCUUUCCAAGCUGAAAAACCAUACAUCACUGAAGUUGGGAAGGAGCAAAAGUCAACAUCAGGAUGCUAUGCUCCCUAUUCAUUCAAUAUAUACUGUAUCCCAGCCCACAUUGACGCUCCAACAACAAAAUUAAAUUACCACAUCUGUCUGUCGCUCCCUCUCUUCUUUAAAGUCAACCUUCAUAAAGAUAGCUUAGAUAGGUUUUAAGAGGAUACCCAGAAUGUACAGCAGAUCAGAAGAAGCCAUCUAUAAGGCCUCUCUGUGAACACCUGGUGCCCUGUCAGCACAUUGUCAGUAAGGAUAAGAUCCAAACUGGCCAUAUGGAGCCCACAACUAGGAAGUGAGGACAGUAGCCCUCUUCUGCCACUGUUUCCCAGAAACCGGUAUAAAGUGGUUUGCUACUUUUGAUCCUGGUGACAGUAUGGCCAGCAUAUCAUGAAUGCUUUAGCUGAGAUUCACGCAUUGAAGGGGAUUGGACUAGAUGAGCCUUUGUGUACCUUCCAACUGUACAGUUCUUUGAUUCUAUGUCUUAUCCCCCUCAUAAAUUUGUCAAAUUCCCUUUUAAAUCACUCUCAAUUUAUGCCCAUCACCGUAUCUUGUGGAAACAAAUCCCAAAUUAAUUUUAGAGAUUGUAAUGCAAUAUUACCAAUACUACAACUCUCCUUAAAAUUUAUUUUUCUUGGUUAAAAAAAUUGCUUAGCCCUAGUGAAUAUAAGUAGGCCUGAAGUGCUUUGAAGGGGCCGUGACUCACCAUGAUAAUGAUAAGGUAAGAGUGCAAGAGCCUCUUCAAUCCUCCUUGCCCUCAGCCAGUAAUGUAGCAGCAGCAGCAGCAGCAGCAGCAGCUGUUCUUAGCUUCAGCUUGUCAGUCAGUUUGUUUAUCCUGCUUAUGACCCCAUUUCUUGAUUCCUACCCCCAAUUACUUGUACAGUGGUACCUCGGGUUAAGAACUUAAUUCAUUCCGGAGGUCCAUUCUUAACCUGAGGUACCAUUUUAGCUAAUGGGGCCUCCCGCUGCCACUGCGCCACCACCACACAAUUUCUGUUCUUACCCUGAAGUAAAGUUCUUAACCUGAGGUGUUAUUUAUGGGUUAGUGGAGUCUGUCUUCUGAAGCGUCUGUAACCUGAAGCAUGUGUAACCCGAGGUACCACUGUAUAUGCUUUAUAAUACAGUAUAUGCUGUGUGUUGUAUAAAGGACAUGCUGUAGAAAAUGCAGUAGUUUGGACUAGGGGUGGACUUUGGUAAUACGUGGGACCUCGGGUUACAAACGCUUUGGGUUACAGACUCCGCUAACCCGGAAGUAGUACCGCAGGUUAAGAACUUUACCUCAGGAUGAGAACAGAAAUCGCGUGUUGGUGGCACAGCAGCAGCAGGAGGCCCCAUUAGCUAAAAAAGUGGUACCUCAGGUUAAGAACAGUUUAAAGGUUAAGAAAGGACCUCCGGAAUGAAUUAAGUUUGUAACCAGAGGUACCACUGUAUGGCACCAUGAGUAAAGACAAAAUUUGGUGCCCUUCCAGACCUCCAUAUAAAUAUAGGCUUCUUGUUGUUGUUGUUGUUGCUGCUGCUGCUGCUGCUGUUGUUGUUUUGUGCCCCCUUGGCUCAGCACUCUGUGCAGUGGAGCACUGCCUUAAAUCCAGUGUUGAGUUUGGCAUAUUAAGAACUUGAAUUAAUUGAACCUAGAGCUAUGGGUCCUUAUCUGACCUUAAGAGAGCACGGUUGGUUGAGCUAGUGCUUCAACUUUUGACCCACCCCUGUAUUUUCUACAGAAGGUGCACUUUUGUUAAGACUAGUAACUCCAAUAAUAAGUAUAAUAAGAUCAGAGGUAAACACACAAUGUGGCCAGUUCAGAAAAAGAAGCAGAUCUCUGUUUUUAUAACUCGCUUUCUGAUCCAUUUUUUAUGAUUAUAAUAAACAGAUACAUAAGUAAAUAAAUGACCCAUGUGUUCUUGUUUGGAUUAAUGCAAAUGACUACUCACGCAGCGUUUUAAAGCAAUUCUGUUUCUGUAUUUUUAGAUAGAGCUACUAAUGAUGUCAAUCAUAAAUGACUACAUUUCCAAGAGACCAAUAAAAGCUGUUUGUUGGGGGGUUGGGGUGCAGAGGAGGUUUGAGAGUAAAAUGGAGCUACAAGUCCAUGUCCUGUGACAGGCAGAAUGUAUAAAUGUUUAAUAAAGUUUGCUGUGGAUGAGAUCUAUUAAUAAGCUUGAGUGGCCAGAGGGACAGGUAUUGUGUUCGUUACUAUAGCAUCACCUCGCACAGGAUCUGUGUGAGAGAGACGGCGGAAGAAAGCUGGGAGAGAGGAUGAGCAAGUUAUAGUGUGUUUCAGUCGGGUACACCAGCUGAAGCACCAGGUCCAGCGUUUCUAACCUCCAGGUGUAGCCCUUUGUUCUUUAAUGAUGAUCAGCCACGGAGCAACAAUAGAUGAAAAACAGAACCACUACAAUUCUGCUUGAGCUAUUGGCAGUUCUGAGGAGACUCUGCUGAAAUUUUCACUCUGACGGAUAUUUUGGAGUAUUAACAUUGUGUGGAUCAUCCAGUCGUCGUACCAGGGAUAACAGAAAAAUAAUAAUAGAGGAAAGCACUGAGGCAGGCUACUAAAGUCUGGGGGAAACUGGCGAUGACAGCCAACAAAAUGUUACAUUAAAGGAUUUAUUUAAGGAAGACAAGAUGCCUUUUGAAGUGUUUAACUCAUUAAGGGAGAGGUUUUUAAAGCCUGGGAAAGAAGAGGUGAAGAAUACUGUGAGUGAUUCACUGGGACACUUCCAAAGGUAAAAACUUAAUGUAAACUUCAAAAAUGUAAGCAAAUAAAGUUUAGGUUUAAAUUUGGAAAGGAAAUUUGUAAGCAUAAUUGAAUAAGCAGCAUAUACAAAGAACUGUACCUUAGUAACAAAGUAAUGGGAUAAAACACACACACACGACCCCACUAUAAAAUAUGAGCUGCUAAAAUAUGAAAUAAUUGCAAAAUAGGCCUAGUGUUAAGCAUUUUAAAUAUUGUUGAUAAAACUUAGACAAAGCUGAUUUAAUGCUAAAUAAUAUCCAGAAAGAGAACCAAAGGAAAAUAAAAUAUCAAUAAAAAGAACUGAAAUAAAAGAAACAUAUACUGAAAAUAAAUGUGAAAAUUUCAUGCGAUUUUAUAUCUAUACCAUGUAUCUAAACUUAUAUCCAUGUUAUGUUUUAGAAACAUAGAGGUGAAACAUAGAGCACAAUUCAAAAAUUGUUGCUUGUGUAAAACUGAAAUUGCAAAAGUGACCAUGAAUCUGAUUAAACUCUUUGAUCUUCUGAUGCAUGCAGCUAGAUAGUCCAACUUUACUUGAUUUUGUCAGUACAGGUGUACUUAGGAUCGUAACCAGCAUCAAUUUAAAUGCAAGCUUUUUAGCUGAACUGGAUUUUGUCUGUUUGUUUAUAAUAUGCUUGGAUAUGUUAAAAAUUGGCAGCCAUUUAAAAGUUUAUAAGAGAAAAACUAUAGGGGUGAAAGUGCAGAAAUUCACAAUAUUCACAUUGUUUCAAAUACAUGAAUUUCCUGAGGGGCGGCUGUUUCAGUUUGUCACAGUAAAAACAACAGAGUGUUGUGCCACUUUAAAGACUAACAAGUUUAUCAUUAAUCUUCCAAAAAAUUGAAAGAUUCAGACAGUUAGACUUUUAUUUUACCAGCCAAAUAAUGAACUGUUGUAUUGUCAUGGGGAGCAUAUCAUUUUUGCAAAACAGCACAAUUAUUUGUUAAUAAUAAAGAUUCUCUUUAAGUAUUUAUUUAUGUCAUUUCUAUGCUAUCCCCAAGCAAUAAAGUCUCUGGGCAGCUUCCAAUAUUUUACAAAACCACUAACAGGACUUAUAUUAUAUUAUCAUUUAUGUAGCUUGCAAUGCUAUCUAGGUUGCAAACCUGAGAUGAAGCAUCACUAAAGACAACAGAUCUACUUCUGAGGAAACAUGCAUUGGUUCAUGCUGCUCAUAUAUAAUGACUUAUUCAUACUUUCUGAAUGUACAGAUAUAGGACUUGCAGUUUUCUGUUUCGUCCUGGGUAGCCAACUUGUCGCAUAUCUUACUUUCUUGUAAACUAUUUUAAAAGAGCCAAACAACCCACCAUCUGUAGAUAUAUAAUAAACUGCAAUAUCAUUUUUGAAUUUUAUUACAUGCAAAGCUUUAAGCAAAUAAUCCUUUAAGAGAUGCCUCUUCUCAGAUAAUAUAUUUCUGUGACAUGUUAGGACAGGUAGAUGAAAAUUUCAGACUGAAAGAUGAAAUAAGGAGCAUUUAUCAUUCAAAAUCAUGCUUUGAUCUGGUUACGGUGUUUGUCUUUUAAAAUAAGACCUGUUAAACUAUAAAGACAUCAUAAGCAGUUAAAGAUAUUAAUACAGUAUAUGCUAUUAAAUGUAAAAAAUGCUAGAGUUCGUAGGAUUACCGGUAUUUUGAAGCUUUCCCAGUUUUUCUUCAUAAAUAUUGUUAGGAAGAUAUGUUAUGAAGAAGAUAUUUUUUCAUUGGCCAAGGACAUUUGGUCAAUAUACCUUCAUACACCUACAGGUUUCCUUCAUACACCUACCAAUAUACCUUCAUACACCUACAGGUUUCCUGCUUUAUCAUAUUACAUGUUGACGUCAAAAGUGAGCUGACAUCAAAAGUGAGCUGACAGUAAAUUAAUAUAUAUCUAUGAAUUAUUGACAAAGGUAUUUCCAGUAGGUAGAAUGAGUAGGUCAUACUCUGGCUAUUUUGAUACCCUUGCAAAAUAUUUAAAUGGUGCUCAGCUCUGCACUGGUUCAUUCAUUGCUUUGAAGGUAUAAAGUAACUCAUUGUAUGGUUUUCAAACUUCUGCUCCAUUUCCAGUCAGCCAGAAAACCUGUUUUUGGGUCUCUCUUCUAUAACCCUUGCACCAGUAAACCCAUCUAUUCCAUGUACUUUUAAGUCCCAGUAGAUUCUUGCUGCUUAGGCCCUCUCAUUGUCUCUGCCUCAAGCACUGCUCCCUAUAUUGCAUCAAACCCAUAUAUUUUCUUUAAUGCUCUAAUUUCUGUGUAGUAAAACAAGAAGCAUCAAAGCAACCUAGAAAGGAAAAGUCACUCCCGUAUGCUGCAACAAAACUGGUCCCAUAAAGUGCUGCUCUAGAUAGUCACCUAGGAUCAACGGAGUGCAAGACUGGCCCUGCAGAAAAUGUUUAAUUUGAAUUCAAUAAUAAUGAGGCAGAUUGUUUUGGUUGACAAUUGUGCAUUUAAUAGUUUGAAAUUAUUUAAAGAAGUAUUGUAUUUUAUGACUGCAUUAAAAUCCUUAUGGCUCUAAUCAGAAUUAGUCAACAUGGUGCCCUCCAGAUGUUUUUGACUGCACUUUCCAUUAUAUCUGAUCAUUAGCAAUGCUGGUUAGUACUGAUGAGCAUCCAGCAACAUCUGGAAGGCAGCAUGGUGGCUACCCCGGGAGGGAUCAAACAGAGUCUCCACAGGCAACCAAGAGUGAAGGCAAAGUAUACUCAAACCCAUCCAUGGUGGAGAAAACCCAUCAGAAGACAGUAAAAAAGUGAGAGAGAAGUGCAUCUUUGGAGAAGAUAGGUGCUUAGCGCUUGCCAUUUGAGUAUCAUGCAUGGGGGGGAGGCAUAAAUUAAAAAGGACCCUCCUCAUGAGCCCCUGGUAGACAAGAGAGAAGCAUCAUGUUGUGUAUUGGAAGGUGAUUAAGAUGUCUUGUCCCUUUCCUAGAGCAAGACAACUUUAGCACCACAAUUUGGUUUUGUGAGUUAACUCAGAUGGGUACACGUUUUACACAUUUUUAACUGCUGGACAAGAAAUCACCAUGUUUUCAGCUAGAUUGAGUACUGGUCCCUGAAUCUGAAAAACACAUUCAGGUUACCUCCUGAAAAGUCUCAUUUAAUGACAUUAGAAAACAUGGGUUACGCUCUGUAUAGAGCUUCCCAAACUGCUAUGCAAUGCAAUGUUGGUAUUUUACAUGGAUUAGAUACCAUCUUGUCCUUUGCCUCAGGAACAAAAUAUCUUGGGCCAGCCCUGAAAAGGUAUGUAUACACAUGGCCGUGGUGGGUGGUUUGUAUACAGUGUGAUAAGAGGGAAAUAUAAUGCAGAAAGUAUGCACAAGUACAGUUAUGAUAUUUACAGUGGCCAUUCAAAAAGUUGUUGAUAAGAACACAACUUGCUGCUCUGGAAAUUGUAGGUGGGUGGCUCAUUUGAUCUGGGAGGGGGUUUCAGCCCCCUCAGAAGCCAUUAGGGCCUCCAAAGUCAAUGAAGCCAUCUUCAGUCCCUUCUGGACUGCACUCCUUCUAAAUGUUCAGGUUUGCCAUAUAGGGGUGUUUGUAGAUCUGGCCUUGUCUUUGGAGGUUAUGCUGCUUCUCUUCACAUCCAUUUUACCUUCUGCAUUGUGUCAUAUUUAUAUAAUGUCAUAUUAUAAGACUGAAAGAAUGUGAACAAAGUAUUUUCUACUGGUGACCUUGUUCCUGGAAGAGGUCAUGGAAAGGAGUAAGUGGUUAUUUGAAGAAGGGCUUCAUGAAUUGUUAAACCACUUUGGCAACAAGGUAUAGCCCCUGCAAGUCCACAGUUCUUUUUCCCAGAGACAUCUCACACCAAACAUGCCUCUCAGUUGCAGCUGUGGUGGCAAAGGCAUGUCUAGCUCAAUAAAUGCAAGACCAGUGUAGCAAGAUAAGAAAAGUUCUGAAUUACUGCAGGAAAGGAGCAAACAGGAGGUGGUAAACAUCACAUGAGAGUUCCAGAAAGCUCAAGGAUAGCCCAGAUGGCAAUCUAAACAUCCCUGUCAGUUCUUCUCACUUGACCUAACUGCUAUUGCUUACAGAAUUAAUUAUGAGAAGGCAAUUAUUCCAGUCAAGAUGAAGAAGAAUGUAUCUGAACAGAUAAACUGAUUUGAACCUAAUUAGGAGAAACCCUCUAUGGCCAAGAGCACUGUGGUUUGUGACAGAUGUUCAGCUAUUGCCAUGCCAGGCAAACUUUUUCAUCUGAUUUCUGAUGCCAGGUGCAUCAGAAGUCUAUGAGCCUGCAUAAUGCUGUCAGAAUGGUGGCCCCAACAUUCUCUUGAAACCAUGGGUAAUAUUCAAUUGGGCUGGUGCAGAAACAAAAUGGACUUCUGCUCAUGCAACUGGGCUUCUGGUGCAACUUGAAAGCUGCUUUGGAGGGUUGGAGGACACCUCUGGAACAGGUUUGUCAGUGGGGCAGGAAGAGGAGGAACUGCAAGGGAAAGAAGAGAAAGAGGAACUACUGCACAAAUUGAAGUCUAUCUGUUUAUGCACCAACACAAUGGAUUUCAUCAAAUCCCUUUGGAAAUAAAGCAGGCCAAAAGGGAGUGGCUGUAGUGAGAUCCAAAACUAGCAUAUUUGAAGGUUAGAUUGCAGGUCCUCAUAACAGAAACAACUAAACACACAGAACUUGCUGGAUUGUGUCUCAUUGUUUUAAUAGCUGCCUAUGCAUAUAUAUAGAGAGGGGGGGGGACGCAGGUGGCGCUGUGGGUUAAACCACAGACCUUAGGGCUUGCUGAUCAGAAGGUUGGCAGGUUGGCAGGUUGGAAGGUUGAAUCCCCGUAACAGGGUGAGCUCCUGUUGCUUGGUCCCUGCUCCUGCCAACCUAGCAGUUCGAAAGCACAAAAUGCAAGUAGAUAAAUAGGGAAGGUAAACAGUGUUUCCGUGCACUGCUCUUGUUCACCAGAAGUGGCUUAGUCAUGCUGGCCACAUGACCCGGAAGCUGUAUGCCGGCUCCUUCGGCCAAUAAAGCGAGAUGAGCGCCACAACCCCAGAGUCGUCCGCGACUGAACCUAAUGGUCAGGGGUCCCUUUACCCUUUACCUUUAUGCAUACACACACACACACACACACACACACACACACAUUGCUGUUAGCCGUCUUGAAUUUAUUAAAUGAAAUGCAGGAAAGAAUGCGUGUUUCUUUAUUUGAAAAAACGUUUCAAAUAAAUUAAUACAGACUUAGUUUUUUCUGAGGCAUAAAAUCUCCUUUGGGAGCGGGAACGGACGGACCCGUUCUUUUAAAAAGCAGACCAUUUUUUAUUUCCAAAGUAGGUUUGCAAAGUUUCUUACACACACUUCCCAAGUUCCCAACCAUCAGCUGAUUGCCAUCCACUUGGGAAAUGCUGGAAUCAGUACAGCCUUUGGUCCAAGCCCUGCCUUUACCUGUUUCUCAUGUGAUGUCACAAAUGAUAUCAGGUGUAGAGCAAGUGGGAAUGGCUUGUCCAAAACAGCUGCACAAGCAAAAUGGGGAAGUCUAAUUUGGCCUAUGGGUUGGAUGUUUUUCAUCCAUAGUUACCAUGAUGUGUGAAUGGGCCUGAGACAAACCUGACAGCUGCCCCAGUAUUUGUCUGAAAUCUUCAAGGCCUUAUGCAAAAACCCCAGCUGCUUUCUUUCACAUGCUCCGGUUACAAUUAAUUGGGAACAGCUAACAUGGGAAUGUAAUUGUAGCAGCUAAUCAGCGUAUUACUUCAACUACACAUCAACAGCUUGUCCUAAGAACAUCUUUUUACUUUUACUUUUUUUAACAUCUUCAGAAAAAUUGAUGGAACCAACCAAGAAGAAGAUAACAUUGAACUGAAUGAAGAAGGAAGGCCUGUGCAGGCAGUGAGAAAACCUUUAUUUGACUGCUAUUGCUGUGGACUUCCCAAACGUUACAUCAUUGCCAUCAUGAGUGGCUUGGGGUUUUGCAUUUCUUUUGGAAUUCGAUGCAAUCUUGGUGUUGCCAUAGUGGAAAUGGUUAACAACAGCACAAUCUAUGUCAAUGGAAAGCCAGAGAUUGAGGUGAGUAGGGACAUAUGUUAUUUGAUACAGAGAAAUGACAUCCCCAUUUAGCUGGGAAGACUAUGUAAGAAGUCCGUAUGCCAGAUCAGAUGUUUGAAAGAUGAUAGCUAAGUGCUUUCAUUUUUGUAUGGGUAUUCAGAUAGUAAAGGGCUCGUCCAUACUUCUGCUUGUCUUCUACCUAGAAAGCAUGGGUCGGAGAGGUUUUGCCUUUGCCUCAUGGCUUUCCCCUGGAAAACCCACACUUUAGUCCUAAAUAGGAACAAAUAUGCAAUAUGCGGAAAUAUCCAAUUACCAAUUGUUCUAAUUCAGUACCAAAGAGUUGAAUAAUAGGUGAGGGUGCUAUCCUAGGCACACUUACAUAGAAGUAAGUGCCACUGAACACAGUGGGGCCUACUUCCAAGUAAAGAACUAUAUGAUUGUAAUGUAAAUAUGAUAAUUAUAGGGCCCACAAUUCUAGGUGGCAGAGUUGUGGAACAAGCAACCCAUUUUAAACCAGCUUGCCUGUUCAGGUAGAUGAUCCACCCUUGUUAAAACUUUUAAAAUAGCUAAGAUUUUGCUUUUCUCUUCUGUCUCCAAUCUAUGGUUGUGGUCAGUAAAGUAUUUCACAUGGUAUGCCUCAAAUAAACAAAAGCAAAUCUUGUUAAAUGGGACUUGUAUUGUGCAUUUAAUGAUAUCUUUCUAAAUGAAAAAAACUUUAGAAGGGAAAUUAUAUAGUGGCCCUUAUAAUAUUUGAUAAUUUAACUGCACCUCAACUAACUGAUGAAAAGGCAGUUGCAAAGUGACACAGACAAUGUAAUUUUCAUAGCUUUUGGCAAGACAAAAUUCCACAAAUUUUGGUUCAGCGCUCUGCAUGAUAUUGCAACUCCAAAGUGAGUGCAGGCAAUCAUGUGACAAAAUGUAUCUUCUAAACAUUGGUGUGCAAAUUUCAUAUGUAUAUGUCUUAUUUGUAGAAAGCACAAUUCAACUGGGAUCCAGAAACAGUAGGACUUAUUCAUGGCUCAUUUUUCUGGGGUUACAUUGUAACACAAAUUCCAGGAGGCUUCAUUGCAAAUAAACUAGCAGCUAACAGGUAUGAUAAGAUAAUAUGAUGUAAUAAAGUAAUUACUACAAUUUUAUAUGUUAUCUAAUGCUGUAUUUUUAAAAAACAAGUUAUAUUUCAUGAACUCCACAGUAGUUUUAGCAACUGGGAACUGCUUUGUGAACUUACACAAUGAAUGCGAUGAUGAUACUAUCUGUGACAUUAAAAGGCAGAAGUAAACUAGUUACUAUUUAAUUUUAAUGAUUGUGUCUAAUAUGAAGGUAUUCUGCUCCUUGUGUAAUAAGCCCUGGAUGUCAACUUAAUAAAAGGAAAGCCAUUUCAAUUGCUCAUCUCACUAGAGAACAUAAUUCUAGAUACCCAGUAAUCUGUACAAAUAAAAUGGUCUACAUUUUCCUACUGUUAAUCUUAUCAAAAUAAAAAGAUACAAACUCAUCCACAGAGGGGUAGAAUGACUUGGGGGCUGUAUUUAUGUAUGGCCAUUUGUGGAGCAGAGUUGUACUGUAUAUAUCUAAUCAGAUUCCCACUGUCCAGCACUCAAUUUUGGCCAUUGCUCAGGAUGAAUCCUGAACCCAGUAAGGCUAGAUACUGGCUGUUGGAAUAUCUUGUGACCAAGAUAUGUAGUUGGCACUGAAUCACCUAUGCCACUUUGCCAACCUGCUGUCUUCCAGAUGUUUUGGACUACAAUCCCCAUCCACCUGCACUGGCUGGUGAUAAUGGGAGUUGUAGUCCAAAACACUAGGAAGGCAGUUGGUUGGCAAAAGCUAAUCUAUCCUAUGUACUCAUUGAACAAAGCACAACUGAACAGUAGCAGUUGGCAAGGGUGUCAAUGUCUGUCAUAGGCAGCGUCUUUGCAGCUUAUUGGAAGGGUGAGGUGGCAGUGAGGUUGUCAUGGUUCAGACACACCAGCAGAGCCAAUCCAGCCAGUGCCUAUGCACUGUGCUGACCUUAUCCUCUAGCCGUACCCCUGGUAAGCCUCAGCAACAGGAAAUCAGGCCACCAAGUAUUGCAACUCAAAAAUAAUAUUCUGAGAACAACUUGGCUUCAGGUUAAAAACCUUAUUUUGUCUUAUGGCAAUUGCAAAAGGUUAAGAAUCUAUUUCAAAUCAUAGUUUAGUAUACAUUCUGCAAGGCAUUUAAUUGUCUGGUAUUUGGUAAUAAAAGGACGAGGAAUGUGACACACGUGAAUAUUGUCUUUCAAGAACAGAGUCUUGUUGAUCAACAUCAUACAUAAUUUAAGAACAGAUUUCAUGCUGGCAACUUCUCAUCAUUUCUGGAUGGUCGAAAGCCACCUCAUGAACAAAUUAAAAGUUGCUUUUUAGGGUGAUUCCCCACACUAUUUGAUUCCUACAUGGAAGGCAUUUUUAUGUAGGAAUUAAUAUGUAAACUGUGUGAAGAUGGUUAAGUGCAAUUUCAGUGGGUCUACUCUGAACAAAACUUGAAUGUCACUCAUUGUGUUUUCUUCUGCAUGUACAAGGAAGAUAUGACCAAAUAAAAUCCAAUCCAAAAUAAUUGCAAUAAUAGCCUUUUUCGUAUUUAAUAUUCCAAAACUUAACAGUAAUAAUUUUGUACAGAAAAUAACUUGCCUUCUACAAGCCAUAACAAAAUAAAUUAAUCCUGCUGAAAACUCCGUAUUCAGUGAGUAAUAGUUAAAAAGAUCAUAGAUGUUGAAACAUCUUUUGUUGAUGAGUUGUUGUAAUCUUAUUCCUUAAGAAUUCUAGCUGCAUUUUAUGCAACAUUGCUUUUGAAAAAAACAUCAGUGUGGCUUGCUGACACCUCACAACACUAAAGCACAUGCCCAGUUUCCUGUGAAUUCGCAGAUAGUUCGUUUUUUGUGAGAUUAUGGUUUUUGCACUCAUUUUAAGAAAACAGGAAGCUGCCAUUUUAGGUCAGACUCUUUGUCCAUUUAUCCCAGCAUUUUCUACUGACUGGCUGACAGUGGGGUCUCUAGUACUUUAGACAUAGGCCUUUCCUGUCACCCGCUAACCCAUCCUUGAGAUUUCCUGGGAUUUAAACUUGAAUAUUGAGCAUGCAAACCAGCCCCCAUGUACUUUAUUGCUGAGACACAGUGAAGAGCCAUCUACAAAGUCUUCUGAAGAGCUUGACAUGUUCAGGUUUUAGAACUAGAUUAUUUAAUUCUGAAGUUUGCCAGAUUAAUAUGUUGAACUAAUCACAAAAUUUUACCCACCAUAAGAAUGUGGAUCAAUGCAAGAUGAGUCUUAUUCAAAUGCAAGUCAAGUAACUCAGAUGUGUCCAUGUAAAAAAUUGGCAAAGUCAUCCAGGGUCACUGUUUCUGAACAUCAGGUCUAAAAGAGGAGAAUUUCCCCAGAAAGCUUAUGAACAUAAUUCACAUAUUAUAUAAUUGUGUUGAUAUAAAUCAAGUGAUAAUUUAUGGGCAGGGUCUUCACCCAGACACAGAGAAAUCACAAAAGGCUGACUGUAAUCCCCCUUCUUUUAGUUUCUGAUGGAUGACAUGGUUUAGCUAUGCACCUCUUAAGACUUUAUAGCAUUAACAGCUGUUUAGAUUGUUAUAUAUGUACAAUAUGAAGUAUUAUCUCUCUAUAAGAUAAUAGGGGGAAAACAUUGUUCUUUCUUUACAGGGUAUUUGGAGCAGCUAUUUUCCUAACUUCCAUGCUAAAUAUGUUCAUUCCUGCAGCUGCCAGAGUACAUUAUGGUUGUGUUUUGUUUGUAAGAAUUUUGCAAGGUCUUGUGGAGGUAGGUAUCCAAUAUAUUUGUCUAAGAUAUUUCUUAAGGGCAUAUGAAGAGCCAAGAUAGAUCAGGCCAAAGGUUCAUCUCGUUCAGUAUCUUAAUCUCACAGUGGCUAACCAAAUGCCUAGGAGAAGCCUACAACCAGGGCGUGAGGGCAACAACCCUUGCCCCACAUGUUUCACAGCAACUGGUACUCAGAGGCAUAGUGUCUGCAAUACUGAAGAUGGCACACAGCCGUAAUGACUAGUAGCCAUUGAUAGGCUUAUCAAUGAAUUUAUCCAGCCCUCCCUUGGAAGCCCUUUAAAGAUCGGUGGCCAUCGCUAUCCUAUGGCAGCAAAUUUCAUAGUGUAACCAUGCUCUCUGUGAAGCAUAUGACAAAAGUACUUUCUUUUGUCUUUCCUGAAUCUUCCAAUGCUCAGCUUCAUUAGAUGUCCCAACUUGUAGUAUAGGAGAUGGAGAAAAACCUUUCUCUAAACACGCUUACAUGUCAUGCACCAUUUUGUACACCUUUAUAAUGCCCCGAUCACUUCCCUCCCCCAAUUAAGAAGUCCCCAAUCUUGUGACCUUUUCUCACAGGCGAAUUGCCCCAGCCACUGCAUCAUUUUGGUUACCCUUUUCAGGUAUAGCAAACAGAACUGGAUGCAGCGUUCCAAAUACAGUCACAUCAGAGAUUUGUAUGAAGUCACACUGAAGGUUGACUAAUUUAGAAUGGUUCACAAUAGUUUUUAAAGUUUCUGUAUGGUAGGUUGUACUAUGCAAUCCUCUACAUGUCUACUUAUAAGUAAGUCCCAGUUGAGCACAGUGCAGCUUGUUCCUUACAAAGAGUGUAUUGGGUUGAAUUAGUACUUGACACCAAUGUGGUGUAAUCAUUAUAUAGCAGACAUUCAACAUUACCACAAGUGGACACUAUUUCAAAGUCCUGUUAGCUGCUGGAAUACUGAGGGAAGGUUGAUUUUGUGGUGGCACCUACCUUGCGAAAAUGGUUAUAUGAGAACCAAACUAUAUUUGAUGUUCAGUGCCACACUAUGCACAAAACUUUAACAGUACUCAAACAUAGCUAUCCAGUGAAACCUGCACUUCUUCAAAUUUUAGGUGGUUAAACUGAGAAUGUUCCCCACUCCACCAAACCCAGGGCUGGAUUUAGACCUUUAGAGGUUCUAAACACUUAAAAGAUUUUGGUGCCCCCCAUAUAUCUCUAAUUCAAAAUAUAAACAGUAAUAAACCAUAAAAUAACAUUUUAUUUUUCAAAAUGAAACAAAACCUACAGUAAAAUGGAAAAUGUUUAUUUUUGUAUACUUCCACUUUAUACCUGAAAAAAUUAUCCUACUUUUCUAACAGCAAAUCAGAUUCUCAAAACUACAGUGGUACCUCAGGUUAAGUACUUAAUUUGUUCCGGAGGUCUGUUCUUAACCUGAAACUGUUCUUAACCUGAAGCACCACUUUAGCUAAUGGGGCCUCCCGCUGCUGCCGUGCCACCAGAGCACAAUUUCUGUUCUCAUCCUGAAGCAAAGUUCUUAACCUGAAGCACUAUUUCUGGGUUAGCGGAGUCUGUAACCUGAAGCGUAUGUAACCCGAGGUACUAUUGUAAUAUUAUGUAACACAUCUGCUUCUAUACUUAGUUGAGAUAAAGCAUCCAGCCUGACUUGUUGCAUAGUUGUCCUGUUGGGAUUAUUAAUAUACUUCAAAUGAGAAAAUGAACACUCAGCUGAGGAAUUUGUGAUAGUUAAUGUUAAAAAUCUGCCAAUGGAAAAUUUAUGUGGUGCCCCCUUUCCCUUGAUGCCCUAAGCAUGUGCUUAUUUUGCUUAAUGGUAAUCCAGCCCUGGCCAAACCUCUUGAUUCUGCUUCACUGUAGUGUGGAGUCCCCUGCUUACUAAGAUGCAAGUCCUUUUGUGUGAAGUCGGGCUUAUUUUAUUGUGUAUGCAUAGAAUUACAGUCGUACCUUGGAUCUCAAAUGCCCUGGAACUCAGACGUUUUGGCUCCUGAACGCCGCAAACCCGGAAGUGAUUGUUCUGGUUUGUGACCGUUCUUUUGGAAGCCAAAUGUCCGACGGGGCUUCCGUGGCUUCCGAUUCGCUGCAGGAACUUCUUGCAGCCAAUCAGAAGCCACACUUUGGUUUUCGAACAUUUUGGAAUCAAACAGACUUCCAGAACGGAUUCCAUUCGACUUCCAAGGUACAACUGUACUGCUGUAAAAGAGAGAAAAAAAUAGUUAGUUGAAGAGGAUAAAUACUGUGUAUACAAGUGAUGGAAUUAAAUUGAAAUUGAAUGCUGUUUUAUCUGAUACGUUUGCCAGGGGGUGACCUACCCAGCGUGUCAUGGAAUGUGGAGUAAAUGGGCACCUCCACUUGAAAGAAGUAGACUAGCAACCACAUCUUUCUGUGGUAAGUUUUCAUAUACAUUUUUGAGAGAAAGUUUGUGUGUACUGUGACUUUAAAGAAAACAUAACAUUAAUUAUAAAUAAUAGGGUCUCAGGUAACCCCUCAUUUGAGGGCUUCUGACUGUUUCCAUUUCAGGGGUUGAAGGGCAUAAUCUAGUUCCCUGGAGGAGAUCUCUUAAUAUCCCAAGAAUGCAUAACCUGUCAUCAGUUUCUUUCAAAAUGGAGUCAAGGGUAAAAGUCUUAUCUGCCAUAUCUCAUUCAAGGGGAAUUGUUCCCAUUCCCCCUUUCAAUUCUGGAAAAAAAGAGAAGUAUAUCUUAGUUCUUCUCUCUCCAUUUAAAUUCCUCUAAUUUUUUACCUUUCCACAUUUCUUUGCUAAUUCAGAUUUUUGCUGGCCUGUUUACCGCUCACCCACAUACUUAAUUUUCAGACAUUAUUUUUCUGCUCUGUCUUUUUCUAGUGGCUCCCCAUUUGUGGAAUGCUCUCCCCAGCGAGGGUCACCUGGCAACUUUGUUACGUAGCUUUAACUGCUAGGCAAAAUAAAUAAAUCCUCUUCUUCUAGACCUCGGGCUAAUUAAACAAACUAUGGCCUUUUAAACAGUAUUAUUAUUACUUUGUUUGUUGCUGUGUAUUUAUGUUGUUAUGUAUUUUUGUGCUCUUACAUUGUAAACCACCCUGUGAGCCUCAGAUGAAGGGUGGUAUAGAAAUUUAAUAGAUAAUAAUCUGUCUCUCAGCUCUGGUCUUCUCACUUAUACCUCUCUCUGUCUCUUUUGGCAUUAUCCUGCUAGAAUAAUUCAUUCCCCCUCAGUGUCUGAACUGCUUCCCUCUUUUAAGUUCCAGUUUGUUUGCAUACAGUGUGAAUAUUUGACUGAGUGUGCAGAUGUAGUAAGCUAAAAUCUAUUUCUUUCAUUAGGCAACUUGCUGUGUUUGAUUUAGUUAAUGCUUGAAAAAAAGUGGUCGGAAAAUACCUUUUAGGUUAUACUACACACAUCAAGCAUGAAUAAUCACAAGUUAAACGAGUUCGGUAAUGAAUUAUUCCAAGGGCAGCUCCUAGUGAGGUGUUCUCAACAUGCCCAACAGUGGUUCAUAUGUAGGUUAACUCUUCAUUAACAAAGUAUGAAGCAAUGUCAAUUGAGGAAAAGAAGAACACCUGAGUCUGUUCAUCCCUUGGAAUAAUUCAUUAGCAACACUAGUAAAGGCCAAACUAGAAUUUCAUGGCUUGUCUAUAUGAGUUCUCAAUAUGAUUGAAAUAACAUGUUUUUUUAAAAAACCAUUCAUCACUGGCAUCUUAUAAUCACAAAGUCUAUUAAAUCAUACUCCUUAGAAUUGUUUUUUCCUGACUUCUUACAUUAUACAGUACAUUUAGAAACAUCUCCCCAAAGGGCUUCUUUCCCUUUAAGACCUCUCAGGAUGACAUUCCACAAGUGUAAGUUCUCUUCCCAUAGUGCUACAGCAAUGAGCUGUAGCUGCUGAGUGCUGCUAACCUUCUUAAAGGGAGAGAAUCUUUUAUUUCUGUUAUGUCAAUCAUGGCGAAACUUGGUCCUCCAGCUGUUUUUGGGACUACAAUUCCCAUCAUCCCUGACCACUGGUCCUGUUAACUAGGCAUGAUGGGAGUUGUAGUCCCAAAACAGAUGGAGGGCCAAGUUUGGCCAUCACUGUGAUUACAUGCACUGGCAUGCACUGUUUAGGACAAUUGUAAGUCUCUCCUUUUGUCAACUGGCUAUGGUACAGUUUUUCAGCAGAAGACCCUGCUGCUGUGAGCUACCUGAAUUAAUAAAUGAUAAUGAGUUGGAGGUGUUGGAACACAAUUAUUGACCUAUAUACACAUGCCUUUUAUCUGCAGGCUCCUAUGCGGGGGCUGUGGUUGCUAUGCCACUAGCUGGCGUAUUGGUGCAGUACAUAGGAUGGUCAUCUGUCUUUUAUAUAUAUGGUAAGUUGUCUAGUGGCAAAAAUGAAUGCAAUUAAAACUGUACAAUAAAGUUCUAAGCUAUGUUAAUAUAGCUGUGCUCCAGACUUUUUUUGGCUUCUUUUUCUUUUUUUAAAGGGCUGGGGUUAUUAGUUUAGCUUUAUGCUGCAUGGACUUUGAAGACUUUCAAACUCAGGACGCAAGGGAGAAACGUGCUAAGAGGAAGGCACGCUUGGCAAAUCCACACCGUGAUCAACUCCCACCUGGAAACCAAUGUCCCCACUGUGGAAGGACGUGUGGGUCCAGAAUUGGCCUCCACAGUCACUUACGGACUCAUUGUUAAAACUGUGGUUAUUGAAGACAAUCUUACUCGGCUACAAGUGAUCGCCAAAGAAGAAGAAGAUUAUUGAAAUAAUAUUGCUAGAUGCCUUGACUCUUACAUAUUGUGCUCAACCUGAAGUAGUGUUGACCAUUUCAUGUUUCCUUGAAUUCCUCUGCAGGAAUGUUUGGGAUUAUCUGGUACAUGUUCUGGCUGUUGCAGGCCUAUGAGAGUCCAGCUGUUCACCCAACAAUAACCACCGAGGAAAGAACUUACAUAGAAACAAGUAUAGGAGGAGCCAAUCUUGUCAGUGCCAGUGUAAGUUAAAAUACUGUAGUAUUAAUUUUAUUUUUUGUUACAUUUUCAUCCCACCUUUCCUCCAAGGAGCUCAAGGUUGCAUACCUGGUUCUCCUCCUCUCCAUUUUUAUCCUCUCAACAAUCCUGUAAGGUAGGUUAGGUUGACUGGCCUAAAGUCACUCUGUGAGUUUUAUGGCUGAGUUGAGGAUCUGAACCCCUAUCCUAGUCCAACACUCUAAACACUAUGCCAUGCUGGCUGUAGUGCACCUUGUCAUUUCUUAGCUGCUUAGUCUUGGCAGAUGGUUCGUUCUUCAAAACUACUGUACAAACAUUUUACAACCCUGCCUCCUAAUUUUGUAUGCAAUUUCCCUGGUCAUUGUUGCAAGUUCUAAUGUCAGAUUAACACCCCGCUCCUAAACUUUUAUGGCCAUGUGUCGUCAGUGAUAUCAUUGUAAUGUCCCUAUAUCACGGAUGUUGUGUCAUAUUUUAUGCUGAUAUAGCUGAUAAUAAAAGCUUGAAGCUUUUAGUGGUUCCCCCACCCCAAAAUGGGCAAUUCCAAUUUUUUAAGCUAUGUUUUCUUAUAGAACGAUAGUGCUACAAAUGAAAAAAAAAAUUACAAUAAUGUAUGAUUUUGCUGUUUUCUGGUGUGUGUACAAAGGGACUCUAAGAAUGCUUAGAAGUGUGGCAUCACUUAUUGUCAGCCUUCCAGUUUCUGGGCUCCGGCAAUGCAAACACAUCAAAAGCGGGUUUGGAUAACACAAGUUCUGUAAAUGUAAUAGACUGGAGUACUUUCCCCCUAUUUUAGUUUCAAGGCUUUUAGCAUACAGUGGCUGACUAUUCCUCACUUUUCUCAUAACAUGAAGGUCUGAAAACUUUUUUUUAAUUGAAUAUCUCGGUAUUAUGUAUUACAUGAGUAUGUAAGUUUUACAUUACUUAUGAAAACCACUGCAUAGUGUUUGCAUUCUAUUGCUGAAUUCAGAUGUUUUUCAAUAAGGUUAAAGAUGUAGUCCUAAAUACACAUACUAGUAAAUGAGCCCCACCAGAACUGGCUCACCCAGUAGGGCAGAACCACAGCAGUCAUCUCCCUGUAGUGGCAACAAGGUUGUGUUGCCUGGAUGCAUCAGUGGAACCAAUACUGCAUUCCUGCCAGUUCAUUGGUGUAGCUCCCACGUUGCCCAUCCCUCCAGUAAGUGGCAGUGAUGCUGCUACUGGGAGAAUAUUGUUGUGGCUGUGCUCCACAAGGUGAACUACUACUGGGCCACAAUGCACAGUGGAACUUUCUUAGUGAGUAAACACACAUUAGGAUUGUGUGGUACAAUUGAUAUUAGAGGGGACUUUCUUAUCAAUAUAGUUAUAUAACAGGUGUAACUGCUGCCACACUGCAGAUGAUUCUUGAAAUUGGACAUUCUCUCUUCUAGAGAUUUAGUACGCCAUGGAAACAGUUUUUCACUUCAAUGCCGGUUUAUGCAAUCAUUGUGGCAAACUUUUGCAGAAGCUGGACUUUCUACUUACUGCUGAUAAGUCAGCCUGCUUACUUUGAAGAGGUCUUUGGAUUUGCAAUAAGUAAGGUAUGUGAAUGAAUCCAAGGUCUGGUGUGUUUUUUAGGACUCUGAUGAUAAAAAUGUGAGAGAGGAAAAUAUGAAUCCCUGUGACCCACGUGUGUGGGGUAAAUAACAAAAGAAUCUGCUGGGUGCCUGGAUUCAAAACAUGGGGCAUAACACACUCUCCAACAGUAGUGAGCCACCAGUAGCAGAGUUUAAACACACGAAAGUCAAGCAGCAGUGUAGUGUUAGGAAUAUUGGUAGUGAGACCCUUUUAUCCCAUUUAGUUGCAUACAGUGGUUGCCCCUUUCUACCCUUCUUGCAACAAACUGCUAAGGCCACACACUGCUAAGUAAGUUAAAAAUGUUUUACUUACAGAUUCAAAGGUCAGUUUUAUGGAUUUAUCCAAGCAGCAGCAAGAAGAACACAGGCAGAAUACUCUUGAGUAGAAUAAACAGAAAUAUAGCUUCAAGCAUGUGCUUUAAGUGCUUAGGCACAUCUUUCUUGCUCAGUUACAUGGCGCAGAGAGAGAAAGAUCAGGAAGAGAAGGCUUCAGUUCAUCCCUCAUCAGAGAAGAUGGGGCUAGGUUGACCGCUUCAUGCAUGGUAGUUUGACUGCAAUUUCCCAGAAAAAAAACAGUAAGGUUGAGGAUCCUUAGAAGUAGCCAUGUGGGAUUUCUCCAUUUGUAUCAUUGUUUCAUAAUCUAGUAAUUUAUAUGGGUAUCUCAGUAGAGUCCCAGCCAGGUACUGAUUAUAUCCAUCCAUUCAAACUCAGCUUUAGCAUGAAGUGCUCCCAGAUCAUUCACUGCACUGGUUUGAUUGGAUAAAGCAGACAAAACAUGGGCACCAUUGCAUUCAUAUACAUACAGUACACUUCCACAGAAUUGUGUGUAUUUACUUUCAGGUUGGCCUUUUGUCUGCUGUUCCACAUAUGGUCAUGACCAUUAUUGUGCCCAUUGGAGGGCAGCUGGCUGACCUUUUACGCAGCAGAAGAAUUUUAAGCACAACUGCAGUAAGAAAAAUAAUGAACUGUGGAGGUAUGGUUACGUUUUAUAGAUAGAAUGUUUGAAUUAUAUGUUACUACCUAACGUAGAAAUGUGCGGUGUGCAGCUUAUUGUGUGUAAUUGUAGAUCAGCUUUGGCACUUGCCAGUGUCAGUGUCUUGGAACAGAUGAAUUGGGUAUUACUGCAUGUGCCACAUGGAUGGGCAUUUCCUGUUAAAGAACACUAGCCUUUCAGCGGCUUUCUUGGUUACUGAUAGUGGAUUGGAGAAUGGGACUCAUUUGCCCAACAAAUUUACCACUAUUAACUUUCCUUCUGCAUAACUGGGUUGCAUAAAGCAACACCAUUACAGUGGUACCUUGGGUUAAGUACUUAAUUCGUUCCAGAGAUCCGUACUUAACCUGAAACUGUUCUUAACCUGAAGCACCACUUUAGCUAAUGGGGCCUCCUGCUGCUGCCGCGCCACCGGAGCACAAUUUUUGUUCUCAUCCUGAAGCAAAGUUCUUAACCUGAAGCACUAUUUCUGGGUUAGCGGAGUCUGUAACCUGAAGCAUAUGUAACCUGAAGCGUAUGUAACCCAAGGUACCACUGUACUGUUUUUGAUUUAUAUACCUGGAUCUGGUUGAUGCAGAGCCCAGAAUAUGUGAGAUGUUAGUCUUGGUACCUACACCUUUUAGUAAUUGAUUGGACUGUUGCAAUAGUGAAACAGGAUCACGUCACUCUUCCAGAGGCUUGCUUCAUACAUCACAAUAAGUAAAAAUUCGAACCGCUGACCAUGCGAUCGGCAAGUCCUAGGCGCUGAGGUUUUACCCAAUGGUCAAAAGAAUGGGAAAGGGGAAGUUUUGUGAAGAGGGGGAAAGAGCUGAUAAAUACAUAGAUAAGUGCUAACGGUACAAAUAAAAAGUGUGAUUUUUCAUUGAGUUACAUAAUAUACUGGGACGUGGGUGGCGCUGUGGGUUAAACCACAGAGCCUAGGACUUGCUGAUCAGAAGGUCGGCGGUUCGAAUCCCCACGAUGGGGUGAGCUCCCAUUGUUUGGUCCCAGCUCCUGCCAACCUAGCAGUUCGAAAGCACGUCAAAGUUCAAGUAGAUAAAUAGGUACCGCUCCGGCGGGAAGGUAAACAGCGUUUCCGUGCGCUGCUCUGGUCCACCAGAAGUGGCUUAGUCAUGCUGGCCACAUGACCCGGAAGCUGUACGCCGGCUCCCUCGGCCAAUAAAGCGAGAUGAGCGCCGCAACCCCAGAGUCGACCACGACUGGACCUAAUGGUCAGGGGUCCCUUUACCUUUUUACAUAGUAUACUGUGAGUUUAGCAACAGAGAAGAGGGAUCACAGUGAACAAAUAACUCUUCUUCAGUAUGCGUAUGGGAACAGAAUGUAAUAUACUGCAUUUAUCAGUGAAUUGUUUCCCCCCUCUGUGUUAUUUUCUGCAGGUUUUGGAAUGGAAGCUACUUUACUUUUGGUAGUUGGCUUCUCUCACACAAGAGGUGUUGCAAUCUCUUUCUUGGUUUUAGCAGUAGGCUUCAGUGGAUUUGCUAUUUCAGGUAAAAUGAAAAAUAUUUUUGGUCUGCUCGAGGCAUUUUCUCUAUGACUGAAGAGAGUAGCCCUGCAUUGUUGACUAAUUUUCUAUGUUACAGGAUUUAAUGUCAACCAUUUAGAUAUUGCGCCCCGGUAUGCCAGCAUCCUCAUGGGCAUCUCUAAUGGAGUGGGGACACUGUCAGGAAUGGUGUGCCCCCUCAUCGUUGGUGCAAUGACUAAACACAAGGUAAGAUGUUUAGAUUGUUUUCCCUGGAAAUAUGUUCAUAUGCAUUGCAGUCAAUUAUCACUAUAAAGGAUCGAUACCCUUGCCUACUCCAAACCCUCCCCAGUCAUUUUGAAAAAUGUUAUUGACAUGUUUAAGGGCUGAGCCUUCACUUCAGUAGGUGUAAUUUAGCAUUAGUGAAUACUUGACGUGCUGGUUGUUGGAAAAGGCUGAAUAAAGGAAAUAUGCUUUUCUCUGAUUUUUACUCAUGUGCUCUGUUAAAAUAGCCCAAGAGUAAUAUGGAAAAUUCUAUGAACUUUCCUGUGUUAGGCCUCUGUGAUAAAAGGUUACAAUAGGGCAUGUCAAGAAAGACUUGAGUUCCAUGGGAUCAGGCCCAGCUGCUGAGGUCCACACACCCCAGCAAAGGACUGACAUCUAUGCUCUGGGAGCCUGUGCCAGCAUUGCGGCUGCCCCUUGCCCCAACUAGGUUUUCCUGCCAACAUAAACCCUGUCCCAGGUCAUGCCACAGCCUCCCAUUUCUCACCCUGCAUGGGCCUGGUACCGCUAGGAGCAAGGCCAGGUGGUUGCCAUGUUAUAUAGUGGUACCUCGGGUUACAAACACCUUGGGUUACAAACACUUCAGGUUACAGACUCCGCUAACGCAGAAGUAGUACCUCAAGUUAAGAACUUUACCUCAGGAUGAGAACAAAAAUUGCAUGGUGGCGGCACGGCGGCAGCGGGAGGCCCCAUUAGCUAAAGUACCUCAGGUUAAGAAUGGUUUCAGGUUAAGAACGGACCUCCGGAACGAGUUAAGUUCGUAACCAGAGGUACCACUGUAUUUCCCAAUAAGGACACCAGGGGUUGAAUUUUGGAGCAUAUCAUAUGAUAACUGUCCAAGCAACCACUCAGCUCACAUUCCAACAGUCCCAGGGACACCAGGAAUUCUGGUCCAGGGAAGGAGUGAGUCACUCAUGGCCACAGAACUGCCACAAUGCUAAAAAGGCCUAUACCAGCACUCUUCUCACGAGUCCUGUGCUGAAAGCCCCACUCAAAUCUAAUGCUGGACCUGCACCAAAUGCUUCUCUACCAUUAUAGCAAUCCAUAUUUCUGUGAAAUAAAGCAAGUUCUGCUGUGUAUUUUGGUAAUCCAUAGUAUCAGAAAAAAUCAUUCUUUCAAAAUUCAGGUUAGAAAAUAGAAUGGAUAACAGUCACUUCAUUUCUCUAACUUCUGGCUUUAUUUUGGAUUCUUACUACCUGUUGUGAGUAACUUGUCCUAUAUCAUUCUUCCAGACCCGCGAAGAAUGGCAAAAUGUCUUCCUAAUAGCUGCCCUAGUUCACUAUAGUGGAGUGAUAUUUUAUGCCAUCUUUGCUUCUGGUGAGAAGCAGGAAUGGGCUGACCCAGAAAGCUUGAAUGAAGAGAAAUGUGGAAUAAUUGACCAAGAUGAACUGGCUGAAGAGACUGAUCUGAGCAAUGAAACCUUCGUUAGCCCGAAGAAAACAUAUGGUGCUACUGUUCAAGAUGACGAAUGGCGAAGGAAAGCAUUGCAAAAGCAAAAGGGAGUGGUGCAAGAUGCAGAAGAAGAGACUUCGUGUCAGUAUGAAAAUGGGACUUAUCAAGAUUCAUCAUAA